AUGAGCAAGGCGGCGGCGGCGCUGCUGCUGUGCCUGCUGGGCUGCAACGUGUGGAAGGCGGUGACCAAAACCUUAGGAGCGCCCGGCGCCGCUCAAGGUCGGUGCGAGGGGGGCCCGCUUUUGUGCCGCGGCGACGGCGAACCGCAGCGCCCAGCGCGCACCCGGGGAGGGUCUCGGGAUGGCGGGGUGCGUUAAUGCUGGGGGCGGGGAGAGACGGACGGCGGAGGGGGGGUGCGCCUGGAGGGAUCCGGGGGUUGCUGCAUAGAGAGAAGGAGCGCCGGAGGUAGCUGCUUCUCUCGGCGCGAGGGGGCGGCGCCCGCCGUGACGCCCAUCGCCGCCGAAGUGAGCUGCGGGGCGCUCGGUGGUGGUGGCGGCGGCGGCGGGGCGCCUGACCCGGAAUCCGCCGCCCCGGAGGCUAUUGUUACCGCAGCCUCCGUUUCGGCUUUGUGCUUCCCGCACGCUUCGCUUUGCUUUUCCGCCUUCUCUCCCGCCCCCCCGAAUCCUCCUUGCCUUUCCUUCGCAGGCUUUUUCUGCGCAAGUCUUGAGUCCCCUCCUCCCCCUUGACUCUUGUCGCGAUGCUGCCACGGUGAUGGGCGCUUCUCUCUCUCUCCCCCAGUUGCUUCCUCUUUGAGGAUUCGGAUUGGUGUUAGGGCGGCUGGCCUCUGCGUGCAUGUUUCUGCUGGAGGCUGCUUCGAUUUGGGGGUUACUGGGUUGAAUCGAAAUGAGGGCGAAUGGGAGCCUUUCUGUUCAACUGCAGGUCUCACAAGGUCCUGAAAUAAAAUUAUCUACUGUAUUAUGGAAGAAGGGGUGCCUGACCCCCCAAAAAACGUGGGGGAGAAGGGCCAUCUGGCAAACCUUUGAUUCCCGCCCCCCGCCCCGAAAAAAGACCCCUUGACAAACUGUUCUGCACUGCUGGUUCCACAGGGCUUCGCUUCUUGCUAAAACCUCUUCUUGCUGCCGCUUUGCUCCACCAGGUGUUUGUUGUAUUGUGGCUGGUUUUGCUCCUGUGGCCUUUCAGGUUGUGUGACACACACACACACUUUCUUUUGGUGGCAUUGGCUGGGUCUUUUAUGCACCCAGCUUGGCAGCGACAACCCCUACCCCCCGAAGGUUUAGAUUCUCUUCUCUCCCGCCUGGCUCUGUUAAGAUUCUUACUCUGGGGAAAGCAGCUUUCAGAGAGCUGCCCAUCCUGUAGUCUUUGCACAGGGCCCUUUUGCAGGCUUUGCAAAUACAAAAGCAGCGUGUGUGUCGCUUGCUAGUCACGCUUUGGGCUCAUCUGUUCAGAGGUGACCAUAUGCGAUUCUCAUUUCUUGCUAUGCUGAUUUUAUCCAUCCCCACCCCCUUCCCCAGCACAAAUAAUCCUAUAUGGCAAAAGCCUUAAGAUUAGAGGGAGCAUAGAUGAUGCUGAAGCCAAAUCUGUAAAAUUAGCACUUAUUAGGCCUUAUUGUUAUUGGAACCAAUUUUUGCCCAUUAAGCUCCAACCUAUUUGCUGCAUAUCCUUCCAUCCACAAAAUGCACCUGUGUGCUGUAAACCUGCCACGUCCACCACACUGCUGGAGGUGGGAGAGCUGCUCAAUCACCAUUUAGUCAAGGUCCCAUGUGCAUUUCUAUCCUUCAUUGUUGCCGGAAUGUUUUCCCUUUUCCCCAGGCAUCUCUAUGCAUCUUUUAGAAAAAGACCCUCUCAAAAGCCACUGAUCUGCUGUGGCUUAUAUUUAUGUUAACUUGCAGCAAACUAGGGUUUUUUGGGGGGGAGGUUUGUGUUUUGGUUUAAUUACCUGCUGCAGGAUUGACUGCAAAGUAGCUGGUAAUGAAAGCAUCAAGGGCAUUUGCAAGAGUGUGUGCUUAUUCUUGUAAAAAGCUUCAUCAAGGCAGGCUAAUAACAUCCCACCAGUAAUAAGGAUGAGAAAGCAAGUGGCACCAUGGUAACAGUCCCUGCCUCCACUUUUGGUGGGUAUGCAUGUAAAGGCCAGUGACCUUUAAGUGACGCUGUUCUAUACCCAAUAAAAGAUAGAUUACAAUUGUGCCUUUUACUACUGUUGUGUCAUUGUUUCUGAAUAAAUCAUCCCCUCCCUUCUGCACUAUGCACUCUUAACCUCCUCCCCCCCCCAAAAAACCCCGUAAGCUCUAGCCCUGUGGUCUGAUUCUUAUUUUGACAAGAUCAGUUUUGCUUUGACUUCUUGAACUUUUGACUGCUGCUUUUGUUGUUUUGCUUUCUUGGGGACUCCACAAAGUGGUCUGUCCAUAUGUGUGUGUGAAGAAUUCCUAUUAUGAUUGAAAAACUGAUCAAUGAGUUGAAACAAAUUGCUAAUCUACCAGAUUUUGUUUUUAAAUGAUGCUCAUUUGGACCUGCCCUGUGCAAGUAGGUAUUAAUAUUCUCAUUUCACACACACAAUAAUGUAACAAUCCAGAAUGGGGAGAGAGGUAAACUUAAGUCCUGUUGAUUUUAGUGGGACUGAAGUUUGCAUAGCUGCCCUGUGUUGUGGCAGUUGGGUUUUUAGCUUGUUUUCAAAACAUUAAUCAAUGCCCGUUGUUUUGGUGAACAUAAAAUUCGUAUUGCCAUUAGGUUCCCAUAAAACUUGACUUGGGAUACUGUGGUACAGUGGUGAAGAAGUUGUGUUCUUGCAGAUGCUAUAGGACUCCAGCUCCCAUCAGCCUCAGCCAGCGUGGCCAGUGGUGAGGGAUGAUGGGAGCUGUGGUCCAACACUGUAAGGAGGGGAUUUCCCAUCUCAGCUGCGGCAUUUGUAUGGAUAAAGUUGAGGAGCUGAUUAACUUGUUGAAGGGCCGUGAAGUAAGGCUAAGAGGCCUCAGUGAUGCUAUGUUCAUGAUUUUGCAAUUGAAAUUUAUACCAUAAUGUGGAAUGAAAGUACAGCUGUGAUCCUGUCAUUUUUGAGUGGGAGUAAGUCCCAUUGACAUACUUGUUUCCUAAAGCAUUCUCUCACAGGAUUGUGUUGUUGGUUAUCAAAUGAAUGAUAACAUGGAAAAUAUGUGCGCCACAGAAUUCUUUUAUGUAGUAGCUAAAUUCCUAUAGAAUUCUUGAUACAUUUGCCAGAUCAUUCCUUUUUAAAAUUUUACAGUGUCUUGUGUCUCCUCAGGCUUCUCUUUUAUUGCUAAGAUGACUUAAAGAUUGGCCUAACGCAAUAUCUAGAUGAAGGAACUAUAAAAUGCAGCAGCUACAGAAUAGCAUGAUUUGUAAAUCAAGGGAAAGGUUUAAAGAUGGAGAGUCAGCUGUUAUUAUCUAGCUGCUAUAGUGAGGACUUGCUCUCUCUCUUCCUCUUUGAAAAGUUGACCUCUUUUCUGCUUUGAGCUAUGUCACCCUUGAGUGAGCAGAGAACAUUGAUUUAUGGUGAAUAGAGUGGUCAAGUUCUGUCAUCAGUAGUUGAAAAUCCAGGGCUUACUGCUGUAUGGUUUGUCAAGAUACCAAACCCCAUGGAUUAUUUUCUUGGUUUUCCUUCCUAAUAUAGAUGGAUUUAUACACUGAGCAAGCUCUAUAGAGUGAUUUAGUAUCAGGUGGCGGUAGAUAAAGUGUUGGCAAUACAAGCAGUAGCCUUGUUUUGAUGUGCCAUCUAUAUUAUAAUCCAUUUCUUACUUACUCUUGUCUAUAUUAGAGAACCCAUGUUUAUCUGUUAUACAUGUUGGUAGUCCUGUUUAGUCCAGCUUCAUUAGGUAAGGUAAGGUCAACACAACAGUUUGGAGGACUGGGGCUCCCUUCUAGAAGUGUUAUACACUCAAUAGUAGAGCCCAUGCAGGAGAGUUUGGGUUCAAACCCCAGGAACAGUGAACAGCAUCAGGUGGGUUGGGGAAAGACCCUAAUCCAAAACCACUGCUGCCAGCCAGAGUAAACAUUGCUGCGCUUGAUGGACCAGUGGGGAAGGGCCUUGCAUAGCUCAGUGGUAAAACACCUGCCAUGCAUGCAGAAGGCCCUGGGUUCAAUCCCCGGCAUCUCCAGUUAAGGCUGGGAAUGUCCUCUGCCUGGAAAGCUGGAGAGCUGAUGACCGUCAGUGUAGACAGUGCUAAGUUGGAUGGGCCAUAAUACAAGGCAGCUUUCUGUGUUAUGUAUGGGUUUGUUAAGGGCAGAGGUUUUUGUUAUUUUCUGUUUAUUUGAUUAGCUGACUCUUUGGACCUAUAAAAACAACUUCUCAGACAAGCUGAGGAGCUUGCAGAUUUCUGGCUACCUGUAUAAUGAAAUCUAAUGCCAAUUUAUUAGCGUCCACCACUCCGAAAAAAACAGUCUAGAUGGGGUAGUGGUACCCUAGCUAUGGAAGUGUCUUACCAGAAAGUUGCACCUGGUGCCUUCUCCAUGAUAUUUGCUAGGAAGCUUUUAGCUAUCUGCUGCUUAUGGUUGAUCUUCAUUAUUAUUUAUUGUGUUUGUAAUGUGAACAUAAACAUGGAAAGGAAAACUGAAACCUAGUAAAUGUUGUGAUAAGAGCUGCUUUAAAGUGUUUGUCGGUUUUUCAGAGGACUUGGUUUGUACAGCUUUACUUAACAGGGCUAAUGCAAGCUUUGACAGAAUUUGCUUAAUUUGUAUGGUGAUUAUCUACCCCCACCCCCUGCACACAUGCAGUCUAACUGAAUGUCAGUUCUUAUAGGAUCAUUCUGAAAUUAGAGUUGAUCUAAACUGAAAUGCCUUGAACUCGCUUGAUGAUUACCCCAGAAAAUUUCACAUUGCUGUGAUAAAGCCCAGCAUGCUUCUUUGAGCAGACACAGUUAUUCUAUUUUUAGGACAAUGUGUCUCUGUUUAUUCAGAUCGAGAUAUUUGGUGAUUUGACUUCUGGGCGUCAUGCGGCAUCCUCAUUGCCAAUGGGGUUUGGGUCACUGAGGUCCCUUAAAGCAAUAUUAGCUAUAGUGUUUUGCGCAGAGUUCAGUGGUGCCAGGAGAAAGAGAGAGCACGCCCUGUAUGGCUUUGGCCCAGCAUAACUCAGAAAACUCUUCCUCUGUGCUCUGUCAUGAUUUCUCAGAUCAGUAGCGUAGUACCUGGAGUGGCAAAUUAGAGCAAACAACAUGCAGAAAACUGUUUGCUGGCUGUUCCCUUUCUGUAGAUGUUUGCCAGAGCCUGAGCAUCUUCCAGAAGCAGACUGCAAACUUUGCUGCUUGGGGUAAUGCACAGCAGCUGGUGACAACCAAUGAUUUUUCCUUUUCCUCCCCUUGGUAUAGUUUUUAAAAAGAGUGUGUUUACCUUUGCGGAAGCCGUGCUGCUUCAGCAUGAUUUGUUCUUCUAUGUGCUUGAUAAUUUCAUCCUUAACUAUGUUUUCCACCCAUUUUCCAGCAACAGACACUAAGCUAAACAGCCUGUAAUUUCCUGGAUCCUUCCUGCAUACCUUAAAAAAAAAAUUACAUUCCAGUCCUUGGAUAUGGAAGCUGAUCACAGGGACAUUAAUAUUUUUAUUUAAAAGGUAAACGGUUUUGCAUUUGAGUUCUUUCAGGACUUUUGGGUGGAUGCCAGUCUGGACAUGGAGAUUGUUUUUAAUUUCUGAAUAAGUCCUGGAAUUUUGUCUCUUGUCACCACCAUUUGCCUCAGUUCCUGAGACUCCCUUCCUGAAAAUUUCAGCACAGGUGCAGGGACGUGCCCUGUAUCUACCACUGCGAAGACAGAUGCAUGGGGUGGGGGUGGGAAAAUCAUUUGGCUGCUUUGCAAUCUCCUUUUCCUCCUUUAGCACACCUUUUACUCCCUUGAUGCGUCUGCUGAACAAAUGACAGCUGAGAGUAUUUACAGACAUUCUCCUGCAGUUGCUUAGGCAUGGGUGCCACAGAUGUGAUGCCAAUGGGAUUUAUCUCUGCAUUUCUAGAAGCUGAAUGCAUUCUGCCUGCUCCGAACAUGCUGAAAUAAUAAUUUUUUUUAGGCCCAUUAAUUCUUACCUAGGUGGCAGAAAAUGUCAAAGCUCAGAGAUUUCAGAAGUGCCCUUUAAUGCUUCUGAAAAUCCUCUUUCCCCUCUCAGCAGCUACGGCUUUUUUAUGUUUUCUAAUAGCUUAAUAUUCUGAAGUCUGUUCCAAUUAGCGCUUAACGAAUGGCUUGUAGCUGUAAACUGGCUUGGAAUUCAGUCUCCGAGAAACUCCUACAUAAAGUCACACUCAGUCUGUUGUAAGGGUCUUUCAAGUUGCCUUUUUGUGCCUGAGCCCUAAUAAUAGUCUUAAUAGACACAGUGCCAAGUCAACUGUAGUGUGGCCAGUGAGAGAUGGGAGAGUCCACUCCAGCUUAGAGGAGGAGGCCUGGGAGAGAGAGAGAGGGAAUGUUGUGCUUUGGCCAUACGUCUUCUCUCAUACCACCUCAUUGUCCCACCUCUAAAGCCUCUUCAGAAGUUUUGCCUGAUGGGAAGGUGUCCUUAAACUGCUGCCAUAAUCCCUCUUGCUUGUCUGGAGGGAAGACAGAGAGGUGUGCUUGCGUGUCUUGAAACCUCUGUGUGACUCAAAUGUAGUCUUUGGACAAAGAGUAACGUCCAUUGAUUUUACCGUUUUGCUACUGACAUGUGGCCCCUGGAAUUGUGGCCCUUGGGUUGAAGCACGUUUCCUACCUCGUGGCUUAGACUGACAGUCUGGACUGAGGAAGACCUGCACAUCUCUUGGAACUCUCUGUUACCACUCUAAGCCAAGUCUGCAUAUCUCCUAUGCCAGGGUAUAAUGAAGAAACUGAUGAUUAUCUAGCGUAUAUGCAUGUAUCAAACAGUCUUGUCACUCCAGAGGCUUGCCCCCUUCUUGAAAAUCUAGAAUUAUAUCUGUGAAGAAGAAGAAAAUGUUACUUUGAAGGGUCAAAAAAUAUCCCAGCGGUCUUGAGGACCUGGCAUAUGAUGCGGUUACAUGAAAUAUUUUCUUUUCAUCCCAGUAAAAAGGCUUUUGUCUGACCUUUUGGUUGUGGUUGCUAAAAUUUCAGGCUGGUGCAAGGAAUUCUGAAAUAUUUUUUUCCGCCACUUUCGGGCAACGCUAUUAAACCAAAGGGUGGGAUCCUUAAGCAACAACAGUACGGACUAUAAAUGAUGCAAUUAUCUCUGUGACUUGAAACAGCCUGACUCCCUCCAAGUCAGUGAAAAGAAGUGAAAUGGAAACAGCAGCCAACCAAGUUCACAACUGUUUCAUCAACAAUGGCACAAGAUUUUAAAAAGACCAAGACAGGCUUCUGGCCAGGUCAGCAUGCCACCUGCUUUAAGCAUUUCACAAAGCAGAAACAACAGCUGUCAAGCAAGUCCCGGGUCUUUGCCAGCCCAUUCCCACGUGUAAAGUGUGUAAAAGAAUAAGUGUAGGUGUUCUUAAUGCUCAGCUGCAACUUUAUCCUUCAUAAUCUGCAGCAGCUCACAGUGAACGGCCGUGUGACCAUCUAAAUCAGUGCCUUAAAAGAAGCUCACAUGCGUUUUUCUCAUGUGGUUGUAUAUGAAUGAGGUGGCUGCUUGUAGGUCCAACCAUGCAAUUCUCUAAGCAUGGCUUCACAUAAGCAUGGCUUCACAUAAGCAAUCUCUAGGGAAACUUGGAUAGCUCUCCAUGGCAUUCGCCUAGUGACCCACAGUGACUUAAGACAUAGCUGUCAUCAAUGUGGUUUCCAAAUAGAGGCUUGUACCUUGUGCAAGUUACCUGAAAUUCCGUCAAAUAAAAAAGUGGUUUGAAGAGAGGAGAUUGUGCAUACAGAAUGCACACUGUAAAUGGAAAUAAUCUCAUUCCACCCUGUAAAAUUAUAGCAAUGCACUUAUUUAUGUGCGUAUCAAGAAAAUUAAAAGUGAAGAAAUCCAGCAUGUCAAAAUCAGUGUUACAAUGAAAUAAUAUAACUGUGUAAUUAAUACAUAUCAACUACAAAUACAAGAACCAAAACUUGACAAGAUUAAAGCCUGCUGUUCUUUAGCAGUGCCUCCAAUCUGUUGCCUGAGGCAGGAUUGCUUCUCUCUGCCUAAUGGUAGGGCCAGCUGUGCCCUAAUCCACGAUGUUGUGUUCCAAAGGUUAUCCAGACUUCUUAUCAGCAUGGAUUGGCAGGAUGUUAUCUCUUGCAGCCUUUCCUAAAUCCUAACACAACCAUGUUAGCUGCUUUCAGUCUCUCCUGGAGACAUGUGAGGCAUGAAGUCUGACCUUCAGUUUCCCAGUGGUGACCUCCUCUGUUGCUGGUCUUCUGCAGUCAUUGUGCCUUGCUUGCAAUUCUAUCAAUCAUUUUGCUGUAUGAGCACCUCAAGGGUUUAGCUGGUGUCUCUACCACAUCAGCCUACUUCAUCCAGCUUUCCCUUAAUUUUUCUAAUCGGUGCUCUGAGUGUAUUUAUUAUCUCCAUCCAUUGCCUUCAGGCCCUGUCCUUGGCUUUCCUCACUGCAUAUUUUCUCCCUCUGGGAAAUGUAAUUGCUGUGUUCAGGCUUAUGCCUCAUUUCCUGAAGGUUUUUGGCUGACUUUACAUAUUCUUCUAAGUUCAGGUUCUCUGCAUUUUCCAGUUUGGUGCCUGUCUGGUCCAUAGUUUUUUAUUCCUCUUGCUUAAAAAUAAAAUAAAAAAUAGAUUGGCUUUUAUCCUCUUCUUCUGCCGCCUCUUCUCAUGGAGAGUGUUCAUAUGAUGAGACCCUCUUCUUUGAACGUGUCUUAUAAAGUGUGGGGGACAAUGCAGAAGAGAACAAAUUUGGGAAAGAACGAAAGAAAAAGCUGGACCUGUGAGUUCUGUAUUUGCCCUGGUAAGCCUUUUCUGUAGUGUCCUUGUCAACUUUAUGACGGGAUCCUAUGCGUGUUUACUAGGGUGUAUAGUAACUCAGCCAUAUCAAUAUACCCAUAUAUAUCCUCUGUAAAUCAGUAUAUCAACACACCGCUUUCUAGUCCCUCUCGUGUGUGUACAGUAAUUGAGGGGAGGGGAAUAGAGAACACUGGUACAUGAAUUUGAAUACACAUCCAUCUGUGAGUACAGACAACCAGAGGUGUACCUGGGCUCCCUUUGCAAGGUGCUAAUAGUGCCACCAGUUGACUGGGGAGCAGGCUCCAUAGGGCUUCUGCGAUGGCCCCCACUCCGAGUCAUGGAGACAUGCAAUUCUUGCAGCCCCUGGACCUGCGCCUUUGGUUGGGGUCAACCUGGUCAACCCCUAGGUACGCCCCUCAGAGCAACACGAAUAGUAGCUGCUGCUUUAAAGGACGUCAUUGGUGAAGUUGUAUACAAUGGCAAACCCUAAAGGCACAGUGUGAAAAAACAAUUCCUGUAUGAUUCAAAGGCUUUGUGUUGACACAGCCCCUUGGUGCCUCAGAUUCUAGCCUCAGUCUCUUAGUCACACACAGGCUGAGGUCUCUACAUUGUUUAUUGCAUUUCUUGCCCAUCCUUCAUCACAGGAUGUCAGAAUGGCGCACUUGGUUGUAUUCUACCCUCGCCUUAUUUUAUCUCAGCAACAGGUCUGUUGGGUAAGGUGGACCAGAAGAGAGCAGCUGGCCCUAUGUCACAGGGCAGUUUCAUGACUGUGUAGGGAUUUGCAUGGGGUUCCCCCCCCCCAUCCAUGUCUGACACUCUUAGGAUAGGGGACCUUUUCCAGCCUUGAGGCACUAUUAUCUUCUGGGCAAACCUCUGAGGACCACGUUCCAGUGAUAGUUCAGGGACAGAGGCAAUAGCAGGUGGAGCGAAUGAUAUAAAUUUCACAUUGUACACCCUUGUGCAAAUUAAUUGAAACAAAGCAUGUUUUCUAUGCCACUUCGAUCAGUCUGUCAAGCACCCACAAACAAUAUGCAAACAAUGAAUUUAGUACAGUCAUUUAUUGUACAAAAUUCACAUAUACGUACAUUAGUAAUGGAAAUGACCUCUGCUAUUUUUAAGCAGCAUUUGAACACCGUUUGGCAUGGAGUCUACUAGUUUUGAACACUCACUGUUGAUUUUUGGAUCCCUGUACCACACUUGAAUCAGCGCCUGAAUGAGCUUCUCCAUAGUCAUACAGUCUACAGCACAGAGGCGACUUCUGCAUAUAGCCCACAAAUUCUCAAUGGGAUUUAUGUCUGGGGGAUUCCCUGGCCAAUCAAGUACCUGUAUUUGCUGCUCUGUCAUGAAUUUCUUCACCACUUUCGAUGUGUGACAGGGGAGUAGGUCCAGCUGCAAUAUCCCAGUACCGUCAGGAUACUUCUUUUCCAACUCUGGAAUAGCGCUCUUUCGUAGAACCUCAAUAUAUUGUGGUGAGCGCAUCCUUCCUUCUAUUGGCUGCAGGCUUCCAACACCAUAAUAACUGACGCAUCCCCAAAACAUCUUCUUUUGUGGGUGCUUGACAGACUGAUCAAUGUCACAUAGAAAACAUGCUUUGUUUCAGUUAAUUUGCACAAGGGUGUACAGUCAGGCUAGUUUCCAUACACACCUUCCUUGUCUUCUAUCCAGACAAGGCAUUAUCAGAGUUCAAGGACACAGGCAAGCCAGGCAAAAACACGCACGGUACAAAGCAGAGUCAGUGAGGGGUAUGGCCUGGGAAGAGCUCCAGACCAAGAGGCUUGAAGGGCCACAUUUGACCCCCACCCCCAGGUCUGAGGCUCCCUCCCCUUGCUCUGGUCACUGCCCCAUGCUCUCUGGUGCCAGCCAUUGUGAGCCUGGAGAAGGACUAGACAGCUCUGCAACACACAUUGUGUUUGUUAGGGCUUUGCAGAACAGGAAGCUCUUUCUUUCUCUGAAGGCGAGAAAUCCUUAAGGGUUUUGGUAGGGGAUGGGAAUGUGGGGACCUUUAUGCGGAAUAUUAUGAACUGUCCCGAAGUAGUCGCAGGAGAAGGCAGCCAGAACAAAGGAUAGGAAAUAAGUCAGCAAAUUUUCUCAAUAAGGGAGUUAAAAUAGCAAGCGGCUCCUCAUAUUCACACACAGAUGCAUUCUGUUUAAUGUUCAUUUAAGAUGCCUGCAUAGGAAGUGGGCAUCGCAAAAAAUAUUCAGUUAUUCAGAUAGACCCAAAGCAGAAUACUGCUUGUUUGCUUAUUUGUGGAUAUGUGUAUCUUGUCUAUGAUAACAUUCAAACUCCAAGCUGCUUACGAUAAUGAUACAAAUCAUAAGAAAACUGAAAAGCAACUAAACAGUACAACAGGCAGCAGUAAAACAUUCUUGUGAGCCAACCUUAGGGGUGUCCACAUUCAACGCAACAUGCUUCAUGGGUGAACAUGUCCCAAAUGUGACUCUCCAUUGCCAACACAAUAGACAAGAGUCCAGUAACUCCAGCUUUCUGGGGGCUUUGGCCCUUCACACAGGUUCCUGCUCUCUUCCUCAGUUUAUAAUUUAAGGGUGCUGGGAAUUGUAGCUCUGUCAGGGGUAAACUAUAGUUCCCAGUAUUCUUUUGGGGAAGCCAUGUGCUUUAAAUAUACGUUGUGUAUGUAACUUGGAGUUGCAGCCCUGUAGAGGCGGAUUGGGGCCUUCUUAAAGUCAUUCUGCCCAAGGCAAUCCCCUGUAGAUCUUUACCAUCAUUAAACAAGCUAAAUCUACACCAGCAAACUUGCAAUUUAUUCUUACUGUUUCGUCAUGCUUUUAAUCUUCUUGCUCUUAAAAUCACUGGCGCCUUAUCUUUAAAACGACAGCACAUAAGCUCACACUUGUAUUAAUUUUGCUGCAAAACUUCCAGCUGAGCAGGAGAAACUCAAAUGGCCAACCCAAGUUCAUUAUCAAAGUUGCACAUCUCUUCAGGCGGCAUCUUCUCAGGUGACAGGUAUAAAAAUUAAUUUGGUGACAGUCUGUUGAUCACUGUGACGCAUGUAGUCAUACCUGCCUGAUCCAUUUAAUGUUUAACCCCAUGGGUCUUAGAUGCAACUGAGCAUCACUAUGAUGGCCAGAAAUGCCGAAUGGGCUGUUGUUUAAUUUGAAGUAGAUCAAAUUAAAAUGUUGAUUUUAUGUUAAAAAAUAAAAAAAAUAAAAAUUGGGCUAAUCUUUAUCAAAAGUAUUCUGUGGUUGCUGAUUCAAUAAUAGAGGAAGAGGAAUUUUACCCUUUCCUAGCAAUGACAUGAGAAAAAUGCAAGCGAUGGGUGUCAAGGUAGCAAUAUUCCCCUCCCACAUUUGUCAGGUGUUGACAAAACGGGGGAUCUGGGUCUACUGUAGGCAGACAAGGGGUCCAAGAACUAGAGCAGGGAUAGGGAACCUGUGGCCCUCCGAUUGUUUGUCUCCCAUCAUCCCUGAUCACCGGCCAUGCUAGCUGACUUGAUGGGAGUUGGAAUCCAGCAACUCCUGGUGGGCUUCAGGAUCUCCAUUUUUGGACUAGAGGUGGAGGACGUGGUCUAAGACAUGCUGGAGGUCCAGGUCAAGCCAGCAAAGGUGACCUGUGUGCUACUUGGGGGGAACAAAUGGCUUAGACCAGCCUGUGCUGGCUAGAGUUGCUGAGAGUCGUAGUCUCAAACAGCUGGAGAUCACCAGAUUGGUGAAGCCCAGCUUAGACUGAUUAGCUGGGCCCCAUAGUGUUGCAUAUAUGUCACAACAGUCUUGGAAUGACUUUGAACUUGACAUUUUAGACGCCCGAGUAUAGCUGAUUUACUGCUUGGCUCUGGACAUUUUUCAUACAUUCACAUAGCAUUUUAGACAGCUGAAAUUGGUGUGUUGCACAGGCUUGCUCAUGGUCCCAUUUUUGUGUGUGCAUGGAGAAAUCACACAUUUAUUUUUGUAUAUGGUUUUUUUUUUGUCUCUGAGAAGCUGGCAAAUAGGCAUGUCCCAGUUGGCCCCAGGGGAGGUUGUGGCUCUCCAAAUCUUGCUGUCCUCCCAGUUCCCAUUGGCUCUAGCCAGCAAGGUCAACAGCCAGGAAUGAAUGGAGUUUUAGGGCAACAGUGUCUGGAAGACCACAAGUUUCCCCCUCCUGCUCUAGAGCAACUGCUUCUUUCAGCAAUUUUAACCUUCAAAACUGUUUCCAAUGAAACAAGUUGUAGUAUUUAUUUAUUUUUAGCUGUUAAAUAAAAAAUGGUUAAUGUUGGGUACUUUUCCUCAUGGUUUGUUGAUAGUUUCUGCUGUACUUAAGUCAUGCUUUUUAAAACAAAAAAAAGACUAAACAACAAACCAGAUGUUAGAAAUAGUAAUGUGCAGGCUUUCACUUUGUCAGGCUUAUAAUGUCAUGCAAGUUGACUCGGUGUGCUUAUACUAGCAGUUUCACAAUUACAAUUCCAUAUGGAUUUUGCUCUAUAUUUGGAAGCACAAUCAAAUUCUUCCAUGAGACAAGCCAGCCAGUUAGCCCAUGGAUGGAAACUCACAAUACCAAUGGGGUCCUGAUUUUUGAAUGGGUUUGAAAGCUAAAAAAAAUAGCAAGCUAAAACAAAAAACAAGAAACCCUGCCCUUGCAUAGAAAGAAUUAAACUAAGUUAUUAUAACACACUCAUUAUGUGGCUUGUGGGGUGAAUUUCAGUGGAGUCGUUAUAUAUAGAAGCAGUGGUAUGUUUUGUCUUACAGACACUAGAGAUAUAAAUGUUAAGGAUUUGGUUUGGACAAGUUGAGGUGUUGUAUUGAAUUUUGCUACUUAUGCUAGUCAUCUUUGGCUAAGCAAGGCCUUUUUUGUAGUGGUCCCAGUACCAUGGAAUGAGAUGCUUCAGGAGGUGCAAUUAUGUACCUUACUCCCUGUAAAUAGGAAGCUAGUAUGUCAAGAAAGAGACUGGACCUGAACCCUUCUGCCUGAUACACUAAUGUUCCAUGUGCGGGGGAUCAGACUAUACAGUUGUACCUUGGGUUACAGACACUUCAGAUUACAGAUGCUUCAGGUUAUAGACAGCGCUAACCCAGAAAUAGUACCUUGGGUUAAGAACUUUGCUUCAGGAUAAGAACAGAAAUCGUGCGGCGGUGGCGGGAGGCCCCAUUAGCUAAAGUGGUACCUCAAGUUAAGAACAGUUUCAGGUUAAGAACAGAUCUGCGGAACAAUUUAAGUUCUUAACCUGAGGUACCACUGUAUUUGGAGAAGGUCUGUAGCAUAUAUUGUUUUUGCGUGUUUGGCUCCUAAGAGUAUAACUAAUCUGGCAACUUAUGCUUCAGGUUUGUCAUUUUGUGUUGCUCAAUAGAACAGAAAUGCAAAUAGAAGUCAUAAGUGCAACCAUGCUGCCCACAAAUAUUAAGAUGGCAAGGGUGAGGCCACCCUGUUCUCAUUCAGUGGCCAAAGAAGGAUCAGCUGAGAUGAACUUGCUCCCCACUCCAACCUGUCGAGGGGAGAACCUCUCUGCCCCACUGCUAGUUAGCAUACUCUGGACUCAACCAUUGGCUAGGACUGAGGUUGACAACACGAGUCCCUCCAGAUGUUGCUGCCCAAUGGCCAUGCUGGCUGGGGCUAGUGGGCAUUGGAGUUCAACAACAUCUGGAGUGGAGCACAUUGGGAACCUCUGGACUGGGGGACUAAAGCCUGCUAGGUUGUGUGACUCUGGUGUUAAUGUGUCCCUAUUAUUCUAUUAUAUUUUGUUUAAAAUAUAGCCCAUUGUUUGUCUGCUGAUCCCAGGGUGGGUUACGAAUCACACAAAAAUUAAAACAGUGCAGAGAAGAUAAAUAAAUUGCUAUAUUUAACAUGGUAUCAUAAACAACCCUAAAGCUACAGAGAAUCUUUCUUCUAUAGGCUGGAAAAACGGAACAGGGCGGCAUAAAUUUCUGGGCAAAUAAAUGUGUUUCCAUCUAUCGUAAGUCGCCUUGAGGAUCAAUUGAAUGGUGUCGAGAGAUAAAUCUUGUAAAUAAAUGUGUACAGUUCCACCAAUAAAGCAAAUGCAUUUUUAAACUAGUGUAUGAUAAUGCCAAUUUGCACAAUACAUGAUCAGUUAAUCAUGUAAAGAAUCCUAAUGUUCUAAUGUUUUUAAGUAGGAAUAUACUAGAGAACUGUUGUGUGGGAAGUUGUUUGAUUAUAGUAAUGCAACAAAUGGACUAAACCUGAAUUGAACUUGAACUAUAAAAUGGUGAAUAUUGGGCCCUUUUCCUAGUGGUUUCUUGACACGCUCUGCUCUUCAAAAACUGUACUAAAAUGUUUUAAAAGCAAACAAAGCAGAUGUUAGAUAUAAUAACAUGCGGACUUUCACAUCAGUGUGCUUAUUGUGCUAUACCAGUUGAUGUAGUGUGCUCAUAUUAGCUGCGGGGAGAGUGCUAGAUGCCAUAUUUGAAUGGAUCUGCAUCACGUCCUUACAGCAAUUUCCUUCUUGGGUUAUUGCCAGUCAAGACACUGACUGAAUUCUGUUACACCAGAUGUCAAGUGGACUCCACCAAACCUCUGGCUCCCUCCGAGCCUAAACUUGUGUGAUUAAAACCCGUAUCUAACACAAGCAGAAAUCAAUAAAUGAAUCAGUUCUGUGCUACAUCUGCAGCUUGCUAAGUGCAAUAUAUUGUGCCAUGUAGAAAUCCUUUUUACAUAAACUUUCUAUGGGGGGGGAGAGAGAUUCACUCUGAUGAAUUUGAUUUCAUCUUACUAUUUAUUGUUCUUACCUAAAGAACAGAAAACAGCCCCCUGGCUUUAUCUCAAUUUAGAGUUAGACUUCCAAGUUGGAAUUAAAAUGUAAACUGGAAAAUGUGUAUAAUGCAAUUUAGUAUCCCUAGACACAGAUCAAAUGUUGCACCUUAUUAUAGAAUACUUAAGUACUUUUUAAUUGCAAUGUAAGGUAACGAUAACAUUCUUGAUUAGCAUUCCAAAGCAGAUGUGGAGAAUCUUUGGCCCUCCAGAUGUUACUAGACUACAACUCCUAUCAGCCCCAGUCAGCUUGGCCAGUCGUCAGGGCUGAUGGGAUUUGUAGUCCCAUCUGUAGGGCCACAGGUCCCCCAUCCCUGAAUUACAUCUACCAUCUCUAUGCUACCUAAUUGUAGUAUAUGGCAGAGAUAUUCUCUUCAGUGAAAGACUCUUGUUUUGUGUUGCGUUCAUUUGACUUGACAACUUAUUACUAGUUUUUCAUCUAAUACUAAUGUAUUCUUGCUUGAUAUCAUGGAAUAUGGACGUUCAAGUAUGUAAUCUAUGUGUGUGUUGUUUCUGGAUCUUAAGACAUGCAGUCAUCCAUUUAGGCUAUAAAUGACAGGUAUUCCUUGAGUCGUUUUAUUAGUCAGCAGCGGAAAAAUAUGGGGACCACAUUUUGCUAAGCUUUUUAAAUAAUAAUAAUAAUAAUAAUAAUAAUAAUAAUAAUAAUGCCAGCUUCUUGUACCAUGUUUAGGAAAUGUUAAGUUUCUUUCCCUUAAUACAUAUUUGGGAAGGUGAUGCUGGAGAAUUCAAAUCUGUCAACAACGACAAAAACCCACAGCACUAUAAACAAAUAGUAGCUGUAGCUGUGAAAUAUGCUCCAAGAUCUUCAAUAUAAUAUGUGAGAAUAAGUAUGGUUCCAAAUAUGCUGUAUAGUUAUGGCUGCCAAGUGGUAUGAGUUGAAUGGUUGAAUAAUGAAGUUUUGUGAUACUUCUGUAUUAUGCUUUGUGCUGAUUGGGGUUUUCUUAUUCUCUGUGCAUGAGCAAACUGCCUGAAAUUGACGUUGGACUUGAUAAUCUCGGAUCUCUUCUGUUCAUUGUGUAGGCACCACCACAGUCUGCCAAGACAUUUGGGUCCUUGUUAAAGAUGACUAAUGCUGGCUUUUCUUUUUUAACAAAAAUGUGUUUUAAUCAUGUUAUUCUUGUAAGGCCACAUUGCAAAGAGAUUAGAUAUUUCCCCCUAGAAUUUGUAAUUCUUAAGAAUUAAAGUCUAGGUCUUUCAUGUUGAGAAGCAGCACUAUUUUGACAAGAGUAUAAAGACCUCUUCAGUUCUAUAAAGUAUUUAUCGUUUAUGCAUUUAUAUAAGAGCUAGCCUAUUUUUUAAUAAUUGCUCGGUCAAUUGGAUGGUAUAUUGCUCUUUAUUAAAUUUAUAUCCCACCUUCCCUCCCAAAGGAACCCAGGGUGGCAAACAACAAGCAAUAAAGCAUCUUAAAAGCAUCUUUGAAACAAUUCCAGUACAGAUGCAGACUGGGAACGUGCACAGGCUACAUAUUGCUAUGGCUCCUGUAAGAGCGUAUUUCCUAAAUACAUUUGUCAAUCAAUGGCUCCUAUACUGCCUUUCUUCCUGGUGGUGCACCUUACGAAUCUUCUUACAGCAGUAAACUUGGAUGCAAAACUCAGGUAGUACAGAAGUGGCUAAACUUUUCCAGUCAGAGGGCUGUGUUCCCUUCUGGCGGCUCUAUCCCAGUGGGGGGUCCCAGCCUGAUGCAAUGGUGGGCAGGGGAAGAGGAAGGGGGGUGCAGUGGGGGCGGUCCGCCCCGAGUGUCACCACUGAGGGGGGGUGACAAAAUGCCAGACGGCACUCACUGCCGGGGCCUGCAGCACGCCUGAGCCACGUAUCCUGGGAGAGACAUGGUGGCUUGGGCACGCGCAGGCUCCCCGUUGCCCAAACGGUCCGUCGGCUGCCCCCACCCAGCUGUAGGGCAGCUGAGUGGGAGGAGGGAGGUAGACUCCUCGGAAGUCCCAUGGCGCAUCCUGCCCCGCCCCGCGGGCGGCUGGCCCUGCCUUUGGCCGCAGGGCACACGUGCCACCCCAGGCACCCGAUCGGCUUGCUCCAUCACUGAUGGUGGGUGGAACAAUGGAUGUGAAUCUUGGUACAUAGGCUACAUUUCAGCCUUCAAAAGUCAGAGGGUCCUGACUUUCCAUGCAGGCAUGCAAGAGGUGUUGCCACAGUUCUAGGACUUCUUCCGGCCAGGCAAAAAUACUGGAGAAGCAGGCAGAGCAGAGCCAGGGAAAUACGUUCUGGCUAUGGAGAGUCCUGAAAGCCAAAUAGAGAAUCCUGGAGGGCCUCAUUCAGCCAUCGGGCCUGAGAUUCCUCUCUUCUGUGCUAGUAGAAAGCCACUUCCACUUUUGGAAGGCCUGUUUGUAGCUUAACAGAUGAGUGUGGGUGAGGAAAGUCACAUCUAAUCCAGAAAAGUAGGUCUUUUCAAGACUUUUUUUUUUUUGAGGGGGCGGGUAGGCCUCAAGAACAACCUUCCUCCAAAGUGGUUCCCCAGAUAUUGUUGGAUUAUAUUACCUUUGGCCACUGGGCAUGCUGGCUAGGGAUGAUGAGCUUUGUGGUUUGUCAACAUCUGGUUGGGCAAGGAUGGCGAAGACAGCACUGGAUCAUAUUUAUUAUCUGCCUGCGUCAUCUUUAUUCACUCCUGCUGUCAUGCAAACUCUAGAAACACUGGUACAUUGCACUCUGGCCAAGUCUUCUGCUUUGGCCUGCACAAGAGUUCACAGAACAGCAUGGAUAUAUUUUUAUCUUUCUGCUCGUGGUUCUUUGGAUCCAAGACAGUGGCUGCUAGCUUGUCCACCUGCAAGUUCCUUCCUCUCUGACAGUUGGCCUGAGUUGCUAUGAUGGAAACCUGGCGAAGAGGUGGGAAAGCAUAAAGAUGAAUGUUGGGUAGAAAAAGUAGUUCUGAAUGUGAAGACAAUUUGGGGCCAGGGGAAAAAAGGGAGCAGGAGGAAAGAACGGAGCCUUUCAACAAAAGGUGGAGGAGUUAGGGUGCAAGGGAAAUGGAGAAAAUAAAUUGGAGGUGCCAAAAUUGUUUGAGAUAUUGUGUAGUCACCAAAUGCUGCGGUUGUAAAAUUAGGGAUUUGGGUGGGAUUUUGGUGAGAGGAGGUACAGAAGGAUAAGGAGGGCUCAAUUUAGAGUAAAGCUAUUAGAAUAAACCUUGGUUCUUAUCUGUAAACUGAUAGGAACCCCCCAUGCAUACUAUGCGUGCUCUAAGCCCAUUGUUGUGGCAAUGUUGAGUUCAUUUGACAGCUGUUAACAAAAGCUUUGCAGGGGGGAGAAAAUCCCUUUAAGGUCGUGGUGCCUGUCACAGUGUAAUAAAAAAAAGGCACACGUUAUUUUUUUAAAAAAAUGUAAUCUCAAGGACUGGUAACACGCACACGUACAGCUGUCAAACUGUCAAAAUCCUCUCUUUGAACUCUGAAGAGACUAGGAAGGCAAGGGCAGAUUUAAGGUCUAUCUAUGUGUAACACGCAAAUAUCACUUCAAACAUAUGUUUAGAAACCCUCCAAUAGGAGAGGGAGCAGGGACAAUUUGAAGUGGAGAAGUGGGCAUAUAUGCAUUUUAAUAAUAAGGUUGUAUAUAUAUAUAAAUGUAACAUGCAAGAUGCUGUACUCUAAAUCUCCAUGGCAAAGCUCCUUUUCUUUUGUUGCAUGCAUGUACACUGAGCAUGUGGCUCUGCCCUUACUUGUCCUACGUGAGCCUUAGGCCCUUAAACAGCCUUCUGUGUCUUCCUUUCAGUGUCCUUUCAUCAGCAGACCAUCCCCCGAAUACCCCAGGGUUGUGGUCAUUUUUGUAGGGUUGUGAUUCCGCUUCUAAAAUACUCACAUUCAAAGCUCCACAAAGUUUGGCUGGCCUUUGUGGCACACCCAACAUCAGGACCAUGACUUCUAAAAUAUGUGCUUCUAAAAUAUAGGUCAGGGACGAUGCCCUCCACUCUCCAAGCCCUUGCUAAGAGACCAGGCCGCUCACCUGUGCCACCAACCUUCAGGUCAGAGAUGGGUGAGACAUGUGAAGGACUUGCUGUGUAAUCCGAGGGCCUCUGCUCACAUCUUCCAGCUUGAGGCCAGAGAAGAUAGGCAGAGGCUUGCUUUGACUCCGUGCUUGUCAUUCAUUGAGACUCUGGCCGAGCACAGAGCCAGCAAACCCCAGGCCUCAUCUGAAGGGGAGACAUGCAGAAAGUGCAUCAGGGGAGCAGGAAAGCCAUGAGCUCAUGGUGCUUGUUGGAGACUCACCUUGGCAAGUGUGGCUACUGAAAUUGUACAGCCCUGCAAAUUGUUGUUAUUUUCCUAAAUUCAGAAGUUCCCUCAUUGUAGUUAGCCAAAAGUAAGAUUUUUCACGUGAGUUUUUGGCUUUCUGAUCAGAAUUCACAGGAAAACUUACAAUCACAUUAUUUAUCAAAACAUUAAUUUGCUCAAGAUUCAGGUAGGUAGCUGUGUUGGUCUGACACAGUUGAAAUAUAUAAAAAAAUUAAAAAUUGUCCAGGCAAACCUUAGAGACCAACUAAGUCUGUUCUUGGUAUAAACUUUCGUGUGCAUGCACGCUUCUCCAGAUACACUGAAACCCUUAUAUGAGGGUCUGGUGAUUUCGGUUUCAGAAUAAAACAGAAUAUAAGGGUCUGGUGACUUCUGUUUCAGUGUAUCUGGAGAAGCGCACAUGCACACGAAAGCUUAUACCAAGAACAAACAGUUGGUCUCUAAGGUGCUACUGGACAAUUUUUUUAUAUAUUUCGAUUAAUUUGCUCAGUUGGUCUCUUGUCACACAGAAACGCAGGUUUGUACAAUGGAUUGUAAGUUCUGAAACAAAUGAUAGUAGCUGGCCAACUUCCAAAAUGUUACAGUUCCUACCACUGACAGACCUCCUGUCUCACCUGCUGCCAAUUUUGAACUUACUACAUGCAUCAUACAAAUGCAUCUUAAACAACAGUGAAAUCCUAAAGAGCCAACAUGCUCAUGGCAAUAAUAGGCAUAACAGCACAAUCCUAAAACAUGAUUACUCAGAUGUAAGUCCCAUUUAGUUGAUAAGCAGGCAAAGGAUUUCAGCUUUAAAAUGCCAUUGAAGAAACUGAAGACUUGUUUUCUCCUCACUUGGGAAACAGUUUAAAAAUGAACUAUGUGUGCCUGUGUGUGAUUGAUCUUAUCUAUAAAAGGGAGAGGCACUCAGUUUUCUAACUCAGUGUUCAGGCUGCUUUAAUGCUAGUUUAAAAUCUCUUCCAUUAUAUUCCAUUACUGUGUUUUGUAAAGGUUUAAAUAAUAUAUGAAGAGGCACAGAUGCUCAGUGAAGUUUUUUUUUAGAUCUUAACAAAGUAAAAUGAAAGGAACUCUGUGUGCUUCAGAUACAGAACUUUUUACUUGUUGGAAAGUAACUUACUUGGAAUCUGAAAAUUCAGACAAGUAACCUGUUGACCGCAAUGUAAAUGUGUGCUUGAAAUUCAUUUUUAUAUAAACAUGUGAAAAGCACACACUUGUGCUGCUUUUUUUGUAUAACUUCACAUUUUGUGGGAUGCACAAAUAAAUUAUUAUGUAUGAUUGAAAAUGCCAGCUAAUUUCACCACUUUUGUUCUUUGAUGGAUAGUUGAGCCAAGAUUGAUCAUAGGCCCCAUACACACUAUACAUUUAAAGCACAUUUUAAAGAGUCAUGGCUUCCCCCAAAUAAUUCUGGGAGUUAUAGUUUACUAAGGGUGCUGGAGGGUCAUAGAGAUGCAAUUCCCCCUGUGAAGGAUUGGUUGUUAAGCCACUCUGGGAAUUGUAGCUCUUUGGAGGCUAUUGGGGGUUUCCUAACAACUUUCAGCAUCCUUACCAACUAAAGCUCCCAAAAGAUGACCCCUAGUCUCCUCUCCCUGAGUGCUCUCUCACAUGCAGAAGUUACGGAUGGGCAAAGGGUGUCGGUGAUGACAAAUAAUAUUUGGCUUAUGCUCCAAGCCAGAACAUGUGGAUUGCUGCAUAGUGAUUGCUGUGCUUUUUUCUUCUUUUUAUUACUGUUUUAGCAUUGUUCACUCAACAACUGACUUUUUGAUGUUAGAUAAAUAGCAAUAAUCAUAUAAUCUCAAGAACUAACUUCAGUUGUUUCUUUGUGCACUAGCUUAAUGGCCCACCAAAUGGAGGUACCUUUUUCACCAUCAGUGAAGUAAUUUGAGAUGAUUGAGCACUCGUUAUUAACGAGCAAAUGGAUUUAUGGAUCGGACUAUAAAUGCUGACAUUCUCUUUUUAAGCAUGUAGGUUGGGAAUAUGAGUGUAACUGGAGCACAGUUUCGGCAGUCAUUCAGAAUUUUAUAACUCUGCACAUUUAUAACUUUGUGGAUAUGAAGCUGAUUUAAUUUAACUUGGUAGAGGUUUCCCCUUUUUGUUUUUACAAAAAUGUAGCAAAUAAAUUGCCUGUUCUGUGCUGUUCAUCCAUACAUAUAAUAGAGUAAAAGCUGCAGAUUAUUCAUGCUGGACUGGAUGGAACCCUUGGGUGUGAAUGAGAAUAUCCAACAAAGACCCAUAAAGCAAAAUUGUACUAUUCGGUUUCCAUUGGUGUCAUAGUGUAUUAGACUUGUUUUUCCUAAUUGGGGUUAAAAUGUAUAGAACGGAAAGGGAAAAACUUGUGUAUUGGAACUCUUGGAGAGACAUCAUGUGGACAAUAUCCAAGGGCUAAACAUUCUAAUAUGGAGAUACUCUCUGAAGGCUCUUAAAGAGAGUUGACAGUGAUUGGAUAAAAUAAUAGGGAGCAAAGAUUAGGGAAGUUAACCACUCUGCUUCCCCUCCAAUUUACUGUGGCUGCAUACACCAUACAUUUAAAAUACUGGUUUCCCUCCAAAAUAAUCCCUGGAACUAUAGUUUAAGGGUGCUGGGACUGUAGUUCUGUGAGGGGUAGAUUGCAGUUAGCACAGUUCUUUGGAGGAAGCCAUAUGCUUUAAAUGUAUGAUGUGAACAUUGCCUGUAACUUAUUUGUUCACUCAUAAUUCACAUUUGCCAACGCAUAGUGCUCCUGUGAUUUCUUACUCUUCCUUCCAUUUCUCGUCACUUCCUAAACCUGGAGUUGUUAACAAUGGAGGGAAGCACAUAGCCAUGUUCUUACGAACCUCUGUUAGGAGGACUAGAGAUGUUUACAGAAUUCAUAAACGAUCUGCAACAGUGAGGCAGCCAAAUUGCUUAGGAUGCCAAAUUCAGGUACAAAAUGGUGUGCCUCUGACUGACUGUAACCAACCAAGGAGAAAAACUUGUGGUCUCCAUAGAAAGCUUUCUGAAAAGCUCCACUUAGAAUUUACUGGAGGUGGUGGAAAACAUUGUAAGGAUGUUUGAAAUCACAAAAUUACGGUACAUUCAGCAAGAAAUUCUCUCUCAAAAUGCUUGAACUUCUGGUCAUCCCCGAAAACCUUGCUGAAUAGGUAGCAAACAAGUAUGCUCUGCUUGCUGAAUAUUUUGUAGUACCCAGCUACCUGUUGUCUGGUACUUUUGAAUUUCUGACCCACACCCUCAGGCAAGAGUGGCACUGAGCUCAGCCAAUAGGACACUAGCUUUAAAGUUGGGGGACCAUAAAGAGCACUGGAGUGGCCACGGGGUGGACCAAUCCCUGGUCAGCCCACCCCCUCACUGCUCUCCUUGUCCCUGCAACUGCAAAGUGUUUUAUUGACUGAGCUCCAUGCCACUCUCAGUGUGGGAUGAGGAAAUGGUAGACAGUUGGAGCCUCGGCUGCUGAUACAACUGUUCAUGUGUUACUGCUGCUUAUUGCUAUUGUGCCAGGGAAUCUCUGGGGUCAUAGAGACGAAGCUGGCCUGCAAAAGGGCACCAGACCUGCACCCUGUAGUCUGACACCACAGAGUAUAAGUAUUGUUCUUAAAAGGGAUGGUCAUCUCUCGUCUAUCCCACUGGUGAAUUACCUCAGCCUGUUGAGUUUGAUGGAUAAAGAUUUAUGGGCGUGGUGCUUCCUACUCCUGUUAAAAUAGGAUCUGCCUACACAACAUUUUCAUGUGUCCAGCUGAAUGAGUAUACAAGACCACAGUUGUUGGAAAUAAAUAAGGGGGGGGACCAUAUAUACUUCCUUGAGUUUCUUAGAGAGAAAAAAGUGUAUAAAGGCAAUAAAUAAAGGAUUUGUUUACCGUAUUUUUUGCUCUAUAAGACUCACUUUUUCCCUCCUAAAAAGUAAGGGGAAAUGUCUGUGCGUCUUAUGGAGCGAAUGCAGCCUGCGCAGCUAUCCCAGAAGCCAGAACAGCAAGAGGGAUUGCUGCUUUCACUGCGCAGUGAUCCCUCUUGCUGUUCUGGCUUCUGAGAUUCAGAAUAUUUUUUUCUUGUUUUCCUCCUCCAAAAACUAGGUGCGUCUUAUGGUCUGGUGCGUCUUAUAGAGCGAAAAAUACGGUAUUUUGUGAGAAGGAGCAACAUUUCCUUAUGAGGAAACAUUUCCUUAUGAGGCAGCUAAUAUAUAUUUCAAUGCCCGUUAAUAUUAGUGGAGUAAAGGGACCCCUGACCAUUAGGUCCCACUCUGGGGUUGCGGCGCUCAUCUCGCUUUAUUGGCCGAGGGAGCCGGCGUACAGCUUCCGGGUCAUGUGGCCAGCAUGACUAAGCCGCUUCUGGCGAACCAGAGCAGCGCACGGAAACGCCGUUUACCUUCCUGCCGGAGUGGUACCUAUUUAUCUACUUGCACUUUGACGUGCUUUCGAACUGCUAGGUUGGCAGGAGCAGGGACCGAGCAACGGGAGCUCACCCAGUCGCGGGGAUUCAAACUGCCGACCUUCUGAUCGGCAAGUCCUAGGCUCUAUUGUUUAACCCACAGCGCCACCCGCGUCCCCUAUUAGUGGGGUAAGAACUGCUAAAUUUCAUUGACCCCGCUGGCCAUUACAUUUAAAGUCCAUUGAUUUCUCCUGCCCACCCUGGGCCCUGUUCCAGCAAGGAAAUUUUUACAUUUUUUUCUUAACUAUGAUCUGUUCCAAGAUGCAAGAUCAAAAUAAUUUGUUAGUUUGCCCCUUUGAUCUAAAAAUUAUCUCUUCAGUUACCCUAUCAUUGUUGAGCACUGUGUAGUACGGACCCUGGGUGGAUGUAUUCAGCUGAGGAAUAAUUCAGGAUGAUUUGGAGGCGAAUGGGGGCCUGCCUGACAUUGAAAACAGGAUGGAGGAAUAAAUGAUAGCUAUUAUAAACGACUGUAGGUUAUGCUAGAGGAGUUUUAUUAUAGUAACGGCUAAAUAGGUUUUCUGCGCCCGUCCUGUAAUUUAAUGUCUCUAUUAAUUAUCUGGAAAAGGGCUGUGCAGCAGUUUAAUUAAGCAUUUUCCAUUGAACAAGGAGACAUAAACAUGGCAGAGUGCAAAUAUAAGCAUUUAUGUUAAGAAAUGCUAAGAGCGUGUGUAGGUAGGAAAGCAAAGUAAGCGAGAUCUGAUAUGAGAACAAAAAUAAACUGGAUAAAUGCAAUUAAAGGGGUGGCGAGUAAAGACAUAUGCUCCAGACCAGGGGUAGGCAACCUAAGGCCUGGGGGCCGGAUCCGGCCCAAUCGCCUUCUAAACUCAGCCCGCGGACGGUCCGGGAAUCAGCGUGUUUUUACAUGAGUAGAAUGUGUCCUUAUAUUUCAAAUGUGUCUCUGGGUUAUUUGUGGGGGCUGCCUGGUGUUUUUACAUGAGUAGAAUGUGUACUUUUAUUUAAAAUGCAUCUCUGGGUUAUUUGUGGGGCAUAGGAAUUUGUUCCUUUCCCCCCCAAAAAAUAUAGUCCAGCCCACCACAUGGUCUGAGGGACGGUGGACCGGGCCACGGCUGAAAAAGGUUGCUGACCCCUGCUCCAGACUGAUUCUCUGCAAACUCUGUUGCAUAUAACUGAAAAGUCUAUUCCUGGCAUCCCUGGAAGGUGUGCUGAAAUACCGUGCUGUACUUUACAUACUUUCUCUGGGUCCGACACAGAAAUCCUGCCAAGCAGAAACAGUGCUGGCAUCAGCUCAGAGUUGCGUGUUUUAAGAAUUUGUGGAAAGGGAAUCAGUUGGGUGAGUUAAUUUUCCAAGAUGCUGCUUCUGCUGAAUGACUAUGAGGUUUAUUUUCCUGUGUGCCUUUCCUUCAUCUAAAAAGGCAGAAAUUAUCUUUGUGGUAGUACGCAGAUGCUUUUGGGGCCGGCCAUCACCUUUGCAAAAUGGAGAAACUGCCAUGGAUACCACAACUAUGCACACACAACCACCACCAACCCACAAUUGUUUCCUCACCCACCUGCCACUGCCAGCAAUUAGGCUUGGGAAAAUGUGAUCUUCCUGGAGAGUUCAGCUGGGGAGGAAAGAGGUAACCUUACCUCCCUUAGUGCAGUCUCCAGGAAGAUAUCACAUCAACCACAACAGGUUUGGAGCCAAUAGAAGGGGUGGCAUUUGCAGGUGGGGGGCAGUUUCCAGCUAGGCAGGGAAGGGGUAACUUUUCCCUACCCAGCUAUAAGCCCCCCACCCAAAUAUUCUCCUCUAUUGUAAGCAGGCUUCAAAGAAACCUAAGAGUGUAACUGAUAGAAAGUAUCUUUGAGAUGUAAUUGCAUCGUGGGGUUGGCUUGGUGUUUGUGGUCACAGCUGGGGAAAGGGGAGUUAAUUCUUCCCUCCUGAGGUGUAAACCUCCCCCCCAAUGCCUCUGUUAGGCUUGAAAGGUCUAAUCCCAGUGGGGUAGAGAACAAACCCUAUAGGUACCACAGAAGGCUGGUUAGCUUAGUACGUAGGGCACGAGACUCUUAAUCUCAGGGUUGUGGGUUCAAGCCCAACCUUGGGCAAAAUAUUCCUGCAUUGUAGGGGGUAAGACUAGAUGACUGACGUCCCUUCCAAUUCUACGAUUCUAUAACCCAUGGGCACUGUGUUAUGGCCCCAUGACAUAAGUUCUGCAACCUUAUGGGUUGCUUCUGAGUCACGUUAAAGCAAGAAUGGGUAUGUUUCAACAGCGGUAAGGAAAGGGCCUGUAGCUGAGUGGCAGAGCACAUUCUCUGCAUGCAGAAGGCUGCAAGUUCAAUCCCUGCUGUCUCUACCUGAAAAGGUCAGGUGGCUGGUGAUGGGAAAGACCUCCGUCUGAGGCCCUGAGGAGCUGCUUCCUGUCAGAGGAGACAGCAGUGAGCUUAAUCAACACAUAGUUUGACCUGGUACAAGGUAGCUUCCUAGGUUCCUAAAGUUUCCCAAAUGCGGCUUUCUCUUUUUCACCCCUACAAGCAUCAGAUCUUUAACAUUUUUCAAUCGUCAGUGCUCCCUUCUCUCCAACUUGUGACCCAGCUUUGCUUCUGCUAGGUAUUUACAUACACAUGACUUUACUGGUGCUGGAAGUCAUGUGCAGAUUAAUUAUUAAAUAUUUUUUUCUUAAGUAGGGAAAGGCUUGAAAAACACCCACUGUAGAGUGGGUUAUUACAGAAUACUACUAGAUUAUCAAUUUGAAAAAUGUAUUAGAGUUUAUUAUCUGGUAAUAUGCAUACAAAUUAAUGCCUCAUUUCUGAAAAUGUUGCAAUUGGUUUCUCAUAUCUUCUAAUUGUUUUUCAAGAAACAGAUUGUAUUUUAAAGGGAUCUCUUUCUAAAAAUAUGCUAUGGGACAAGUUCAGGACAUCCAGCCUGGUAUUUUCUUAUGGUAUCAUCAUGCAAUAACAGAUAUAAAAUAGGUGUUUAUUUAUUCCAUAGAAUUUAUAUACCACUUGAUUGUAAAGCAAAACUUCAAAGCAGUUUGUUGAAAAAGAUAUUAUGGUUCGGCAUCUAAAAAGAUCAAAUAUAAGACCAUUAAUGUGGCUAUAACUAUUUGUUUCAAGUUAUUUAUGAGUGUGGUUUUAAUCACACAACAGAAGGACAUCCACAGACUAUGCCACCUUCUGGUUUUAAAAAUUAAAAGAGAAUUCUCCUGGGCUUGCAGUAAAUUAGAUAUUAGGAACCAGAUAGUGUAGGAUUUGGAAAUUCCCCUCUUACAGAUGGGCACCGUAUUACAGUAUUUUUCCAUCUUGGUGACAAAACAGUUUGGCAGCUAGUUGCCAUUGGAGAUAAUGUAGGAGUUACUUAAGUCCCUUAUAGAACAAUCACUUAUUUUGGGUAGCAGCACUUGAAUUAUUUUUGAAUAUUUUCAUGUAUUGCAUAACCAAUCCAGAUUGCUCCCAACAUGUUCCCAAAGCCCAUACUGUGUUUACAGAUAAAAUGCCAUGGAAUAUAUGCCCAUUCAGGUUGACAUUUCCUUUUGCAUUGCACUUUUCCUCAUUGUGAAAUUGGCCAGUUCAGAUCAAGUGGUGUUCGCAUUAAAUUUAUUUGCUGAUGUGUGUAUAAACGUGUCUAUUUGGGCAGAUGCAAAGAAAGAACUUAGUGACAAUGUUUUUGUUUUGUUUUUGUUUUUUAAAUGAUAUUUAUUAAAGUUACAAAAAAUAGAAGAAAUACAAAAUACAGAAAAAAGAGUAAAUUUUUUUAAAAUAUAACAAAAAAGUAAAGGAUAAAAAGAAACAUACAAAAUAAAACAGUUAAAAAGACAUUAAUUUUCCAAACCUAUCUUCUCUAGACUUAUUUCCCCGGACCUCCUCGUACCUCCCUUUUUGUAUUCCAGUUCAGUUUGUUAGUUCAGCAAAUCCUUACCAUUAAACUUUUGCCCAAUUGUAAGCCUUUUUUCAUAUCUCUUAAAGCAUUACAGCUAAAAAGCUCUUAGUUUCUAUCCAACAUCCUUCUAAGGUUCCUUAGUGACAAUGUUUUUGUUGACUUCUGUUUAGAAAAUGGCGAAUAGAUGCAACAGUGGGACAGACUGAACCUAAAUUUGGAAAACUUGAGAGAUGAGGGCCUGAGAAAAAUUAUGGUCAUCUUAUUCUUAGGUGAAGUGUAUCCUUUCAGAGCUAUUGCUCAAGGGAUUGUAGGGAGAAGGGUACAGUUGGACCAAGAUGUAGUAUCAGCCAACAUUUAAGCCACAAAUAGCCAAUGUGGUACCCUAUAGAUGUUAAAUUAGAUAUUUAUAUCCCCUUUUAUAUUAAAAUAACACUCAAAAUGACUUGUUGGACUGCAAUGGAAAUCUGGCCCAGUGAGCCAUGGAAGUUCUAGUCUAAUGGAAGGCACCGUGUUGAAUAUCUCUGAUUUAAUCCAUGAUUAUGCCACUGUUUCUCUGCCUCAGUAAAGAAGUACAUUUGGAAAUCGGGAUUGAUCCCACCUGGAAAGUCUUAAAGCAAACAUCAUGUUGAACAUUUGUUAUCCAAACACAUUCUGUGCCGACAGUGAAAGCUAAUGGCUCCAUCCUCCCUAGAUCAGCACUUGUCUGGCAGCCAAGAAACCUAGCUGCUUGCCAAGUGACUAUUUCAAGUUGUUGCUUUGGGACAUUUCAUGGAAGAGCCUUUCUUUUUAGCAAACGUGUUUUAAACAGCGGAAAAAUCUCUGUUUGCCAAAACAUAUGGAGCAGCGAGGAUUCGUGUCUAAUCAAAUGUAGGUUUUUCCUGAACUCUUUGAAACGUCACAUUGACAAUGCAGAAAGGAUUGUAGGUUUUGGAUUGUGGCCUGUUUUGGAUUUACCUCUUCCCAAAUGAUAACCCACGCCGUGGUUUCGUUGUUUUUUAUAUGAGAGAACAAAUUUAGCAAUAGGAAAGGGCAGCUAUAUUUGCGCGACUGUAUUUCACCCAAACCCAGUGAUUUUGGUGUGCCGUCUAAGUUGUAAAAACAAGUAGGGUAUAAUUUCCCAAGGAGCUGAAGGAGAAGGAAUGUAAAUGGUAGGAAGUAUGUGUAGUUUGUGAAGCCGCUAAAUGCUACGUGACUUCUGGGGUUGUUUCCUUUAUUGCCGACCUACAAUAUUGCUUGCUAUUUGUAGCCCACAUAUUGUUGGUGUGAUAGCGUUUCUUUAAAAGUGCUCUAUGGCUUUAGAAGCACCUUGCAGGUGCACAGUCUUCUUCCGCAGUGCUGUAACUUAGGUUGACACACUGGGCAGCUGACCGGUCAAAUAUUGUCACAUGACUGCUUAAUAUUUAACUAUGGCCAAAUAUCAUUCUAAAAGUUCCAAGGAUGCCACUGUGAAGAUGGCAGCUUGCAUUUAUCUUGAUUUCAUUAUUAUUACAUUCCUAUCCCACCUUCCUUUCAAGAGAGUGCAGGGUGGCCAACGUAUUUUUCACUUCAUAAGACACACUUUUUCCCUCCUAAAAAGUAAGGGGAAAUGUUUGCGCGUCUCAUGGAGCGAAUGCAGGCGGGAGGCUCUGCUCAGAGCUCCCUUUAAAGAGCUGCGUAGAGUGUAUGUGUGGCUCUUGGGGGCUUUUCCCUGAGGAGGGAGAAGGGCAGCCCAUCUGUCCCUUCUCCCUCCCUGGGAAAAGCCCCCACAAGAGCUCAUGAAAUGGAGCGCUGAGCAGAACCUGUAUGCAUCCCAGGCUCUGCUCAGCGCUCCCUUUAAAUAAUUUUUUUUUCUUACAUUCCCCCUCUAAAAACUAGAUGCAUCUUAUGGAGCAAAAAAUACGGUAAAUGGUUCUUCCCCCUUCCCCUGUUGAUCCUCACAACACCCCUGUGAGGCAGGUUUGGCUGAAAACUUUUGACUGGCCCAAGGUCACCUAGUGAACUUCAUGGCUGAGUAAGGAUUUGGAUCUUGGUACCCCAGAUUCUAGUCCAGCCCCUUAACCAUUGCGCCAUACUGGAUCACAUUGCGGUUCCUAUCUUCUUCCAAACAGGGAAGUUUUGUUUUCUUUGCCUGUUUGUUCUUUCAGUAUAAAAUGUGUAAUUUUAGAAUCGGUGCUUCUGAACAGUCUUUUGUAGCUGUAAUGUUCACCUGCCCCUUUUAUUACUUCACUAUUGUUUCUUGCAUGCCACAUUAUUCCUUGCUACACUGGUUCUUCUGAAUUAAUAGUCAAGUCAAAGGAAAAUGAAUGCUAACGGUGCAUGCCCUAGCUAGCUAGCUUUAGAGCACAGAGCUUCAGUUUCUUACAAGGUGUUUCAUAUUCUGGAAAAGAGCUCAUUUUGUUGCUUACUUUACAACUUGUAGAAGUACAAAUCACAAAUCGGUUUCUCCUUAAUAUACACAGCGUUUCACAUUUGACUGGAAUUUCUGAAGCAUUUUGAGUGUGUGAGCUGGAAACUUCAAUGUAUUAAUCUCGGAAUCAAAGAAUUGUAGGGCUGGAAGGGACCCAAAGGGAAAUCUACUCCAUCCCCAGACUAGGGCAGAGAGUAGCCCAUAUGGUUGGACUACCAUUACCAUCAGCCCCAGUCACCAUGGCCAGUGGUCAAGGAUGAUGGGAAUUGUAGUCCAACAACAUCUGAAGGGCACCAUGAUGGCUGCCUGGGUUUCAGAUUUUUGAACAAUGGGGUGCAAAGAAUUUGGCAUGCCUCAUUGGUUUACAUAUAAAGAAAGUUGUUGUCUUUUACAAUCAAGUGGUAUAUAAAUUUGGUUAAAUAAAACAAAUCUUUACAGAGCUGAUAGAAAUGUAGCGAUAGGUCUGUAAAAUGAAUUGGUUAUUUGGUGCAUCUGUAGCACAAAUAUGAAUAUGAUGGAAGGCAAGUUGUGUGUUCAUACCAUAAAUUGGUAGAGAUUUACCCCCUUGCAUAUAGAACACAGUGAUAUGGAUGGUUUGGGGGUUUUUUUAAUCAUAUGCUGUUGCUAUGGUGACAUUAUUGAAGAAUGGCACAUGUGUGGGAGGCCGAAAAAAUCUGGACAGCAAGUACUUGUUCUCAGAGUGAAUUUUGGAUCGUGACUGUUGUAAAUAAUAACACAGUGUAUUUUAGCAAGGAUGGGGUUGUGUAAUGCAUUCUUAAAGAUCAGGAACGUCAAUUCCUAAUUGACCUAUUAGCACCUAAUGGUAUCCAUGGAACGGCACCAGCUUCUAGAACAGGAUCAGAUUGGCUCUUCAGAAACUUCUACAAAAUGGCAGCUUUUUGUGUAUUUAUAAGUAAGAUAUGCAGAACUGAGUUACUGUGGUUGUAAAUCAGGAGUACACAGGCAAAACCUCUACAGCAGGGGUAGCAAACCUGUGGCCCUCCAGAUGGUGUUAGAUUCCAGCUCCCAUGAGCCCAAUGGUCAACUUCUGGGGAGGCCACAACUUAGAAAAACACCUGCUCCACAGGCACACUGGAGUUGGAUCUGGGAUUUUUUCCCUUUACGGCACGAGGUCAAAGUGCUGUUGAAACUCUUUCCUCCCAUCAGUUCUGCUUUUAUAAAGCAGAUGGGGAGAAGGUGGCACAAAAACUUUACAAAUAAAAAAUUGGGUGUGAAAUUUCUCUUUGGCCUCCAAGCUGUUCUCCACCCCUCCAGUGUGGUGUAGUGGUUAAGAGCAGUAGACUCGUAAUCUGGGGAACCAGGUUCGCGUCUCCGCUCCUCCACAUGCAGCUGCUGGGUGACCUUGGGCCAGUCACACUUCUUUGAAGUCUCUCAGCCCCACUCACCUCACAGAGUGUAUGUUGUGGGGGAGGAAGGGAAAGGAGAACGUUAGCCGCUGUGAGACUCCUUUGGGUAGUGAAAAAGCAGGAUAUCAAAUCCAGACUCCUCCUCCUCCUCCUCCUCCUCCUCCUCCUCCUCCUCUUCUUCUUCUCCUUCUCCUUCUUCUCCUCCAUUUUUUCCCUUCCUGGUUUUACUUCCACCACAGAGACAGACAGAAAGACAGACAGACAGACAGACAGAGAAGGUGGGAGGGAGGGCUUACUGUAUCAAAAUGCAGUUUCGGAAUUGAAUGGGAAAGCUUUCAGAAGGGGAAGCUGUCGCCACCCCCCAGAAAACCCCCUAAGGUUCAAUUAUUCAUCUCUCUGGAUUCCAACCUACAUUUUGUUAACAUCUUUAUAGCAGUGGUGGGUAGCCAAGGUGUGAAGGGGUGGAGCUGGCAGAAGGCUAAGAGCCAACAUUAGACCACCCCCUUUUCUUUCUCUCUCUCUCUCUCUCUCUCUCUCUGCCAAGCCUUGCCGGCCACUUUCCCCUUUUGUCUUUCUCCCCUUCUCAUUGCCAUCCCAACAAAACCCUCCGCUCCCUUUUGGAAUUAGACUUGCAGGGGGAGUUCCUGUUGGGGUCAAUGGGAGCAAGCGUACCUUGAGAAGGUGCUCAAGUGAAGAUCAUACGGAGUUUACAGGUUAACCCCAGCAUUUGGAAUGGGUACUCCUGUUCCUUCAAUACCUCAUAUAUACCUCUCUCUUUUUUUGCACCUGUUUCGUGCAAAUGUGGAAUGCGAAGCUUUCCCCAAGGUUAACUGCUACGUUGUUGUUGUUGUUUGCAGAUGUGACUCUGAAGGUCCACGUAAGUGAUGCCAGCACACAUCAGCCAGUCACCGAAGCCUUUAUUGAGAUUUUUACCAACCAGAUCCCCAUUGCCUCUGGAACCUCAGGAGCAGAUGGCACUGCCUUCAUCAAGUUUCAGUAUAAGCUGGGCAGUCAGCUGAUCGUUACUGCGACUAAACAUGCUUACGUGCCAAACUCUGCACCAUGGAAACCAAUAAGAUUGCCUGGUAAGAGAUCUUUAUUUUUGUUCUGAGGUAAGAUUUUAUUUCUAAAGGGGGGCGUAACAAAACUGUGGGGGUUUUUUAAGAACAAAACAAAACAAAAUAAAACCCCUGAAUGCUGAAAAUCAUAUUUAUCAUUUAUUUAUUCAUUCGUCAUUUAUAUCCCAUCCUUUCUUUCAAAGGAGCCCAUGGUGACAAACACAUCAAUAAUACAAUAUAUAUAUUUUUUCAAGCAUUCUAAGAGCACUUAAAAACAGUUAUCUCAGGGUUGUCAGGGAAAGGGGGGCCUUUCAGCCAUCAAAUAAAUGCCUGGGCAAUGCCUGUUUUAAAACUGAAAGUCAGUGAGACAGGUGCACCUCUCUCAAAUGGCAAACUGCCACUGAAAAUGCCCUGUCUUGGGUCAGUGCAAAUCCAGCAGCCCCUGGUAGCAGCACCACCAACGAGGCCUCACCUGCCAGUUUUAGGGCCCAGGGUAGUUGAUAUGAAUAUGAUAAUAACCUGAUGGUUUUCACAUGAGAAGACUAUGGAUGCCCAGUAAGAACAGUGCCUCUCCUCAUACUCCCCUGGUUAGGCCUUUAGUUUGACCGUGCUUUCCUUAGCUUGGCUUCAGUGCCAGUGUUUUGCCUUGGAUCAUAAUGAAGCUGAACAUGUGAAGCCAGAAUGAGGAAUCUCUGAUUCUCCAGAGGUUUUUGGACUCCAACUCCCAUCAGCCCCAGUCAUCAUGGCCAGCGAUCAGGAGUGAUGGGAGCUGUAGUCCAGCAACAUCUGGAGGGCCCAUAGCUGUCAACUUUUCCCUUUUCUUGCGAGGAAUCCUAUUCAGAGUAAGCGAAUUUCCCGUUUAAAAAAAGGGAAACGUUGACAGCUAUGGGAGGGCCCCGUCUUGCCUAUCCCGGCCCUAGCAAAUGGAUGGGGCCAGACUACGGUAACUGGCAGUGGGGAAGAGAAUUAUUUCUGACCAGAGGGGAGAAUCACUUCAGCUGAUCUUUCUUUGGCCUCUGGAUGAGGAUGUCCUCGCCCGUUUUCCUCAUCACUAUUUCCUCCAUUUUGGAGUUAAAUAUCUCUGAUAUUAGCUGACCUGGCAUGCUUGAAAAGAGCAGUCAUGCAUUAAAGAGAGCAGAGGUUCUCAAACUGAUAGGUAGCUGUGAGAUAUAGAACAAAGGAAGCUGCUUUAUAAUGAGUCAGACCAUUGGUCCAACUCUGUCAGUGCAGUCUACACUGACUGGCAGUACCUCUCCUGGGUUUGGGGCAGGAGGCUUUUCCAGCCCUACCUAGAGAUGCCAGUGAUUGUAUCUGGGACUCUCUGCAUGCAAGGCUGCUGAGCUAUGCCUUUCCUACAGGUGAGACAUAGGGGCAUGUAUGAGGCACAGUUGCACCCUUUUCUAGUCAGUGAGUGAACAAGUGCCCUGCUGCUUGCAUCAGAAGAUGCUGGGGACUCAGUGCAGCCACUGUUGCUGUAUUUGAAAAAUGAUGAACUAAAGAAGAUUGCUUUUCUUUUUUCAUGUCUAAUCAAAAUUUUGGCAGGGGGAGUGGGAGGGACUCGAGGGUGCCAUUAGCGUGCAGGGUAGAUUAUUCCUUUUAUUUCAGCCCAUAUUUCUUGUAUAUAGGGGUCCUUACAGUGCAUUUUUUUUUGCUUUUAAUAUUGAUUUUGUUUUAAUUUUUUGAGGAAAGAACCAGUUUCACAGAGCUUUUGACAAGUCAUUGAAAUCUGAACUAGGCUUUUUGUGUGUUUUCAAGAGAAGGCACUUGAAAUGAGUGUGUGUUUCUGAAAGGAACGCUUGUUUGGGCAUCCUCUGCUGAGUUCAUUAGGCAUUUUGCCACAAAUUGCAGUGAGAAGGAGCUAUUAUUUUGUCCCCUUAUUUGCACUUAGUUCCUCUGAUAAAUGACCAAAUGAGAUGAAAAGGGGGUGGGGAGAAAAAUGUGUGGUGUGAAACCAUGCUUCUUUAUGACUAAUAAUAAAUUAAUGCAGCUUAAUGCAAACCACAAGUUUCAACGUGUGCAAACAUUAUUAUUUUCAAACUGGCUUUUACUUCAGUUCGGAUACUGCCAACUGGGACACGGCUUUGAAUGGAGGUAAAACAAGACUUUCAUAAGCUCAGCUGUGAGCCGUGGUGGGAGAAACCUUGGUGAUUAAAGUUCCUCCACUGGGAACCCCAAAAACAUUUAAGGGAUGGUAGAAGAGCUUGAGGAAACCUGAUGACAAAGAGGAAAACUAGGGAGGCCUCCCUAACUUUGUGGCCUGGGUUUGGCCCUUAGUGAGAGGAUGAACCAGUGAUCCUAGAGCAGCACUCUGUAACCUGACUACAUCUGCCGUCAACCCUGACCUUUACCCGUGACAGACGGGGCUGAUGGGAGUUGGAGUCCUACAACUUCUGAAGGGCACCAGGUUGAGGAAGGUUGUCCCAGACUGUCCAACAACUAAUCCAUAUAAUAACCAGGACAGUAGUAGUAGUAGUAUAUUUAUAUCCCAUUCUUCCCAGGUACUGGGAGGAGGUGGGAAGGGAAUGAGGUUGAGGAACUGGGAGGACAGAGCUGUGUGAUGAACCAUGUGGUCUGUUCUGCACCCACUAAACUUGCCUGCUGCCUUCAGGUGUGGUAGAUGCUAUUCUGUCGCUGAUGUUAAAGUAACAUUCGCCUGCCUGUCCAGUUGGCUUCUGGGUGCAGAAUGAAGCAGACAGCAUCUUGUCCUUUGUGCCAGGUGGAAAAGUGUUUUGGGACAUUAAGAGAAUGGAAAUAUAAAAUGGGGGGCUUUUCACUCAUGAUCGCAUUAGUACCCUACACAAGAAUAAAUGAAAGAAGACAAAGUUGGAACAAAUCUACAGCAAAAUGGUCUCCAUUUGUUUUUGCAAAAAUAAUGCUCUAAAUCCAAAUACGGAAGCACUUUUCAGCAAUUUGGAGUAAUUUAAGAUCUCUAAUAAUAUAUGCAAUGUGCCUUAAAUAUUUUAAAGUAUACUAUAACCAUGCAAUGAAUUGGUAAUGGUGCAAUUAUGCAGCUGUGCUAUUUAUAUAAGCAUGUAGUUAACGUGUUGUGUUGUGUUUUCUUUCUUGUUUGUUAAGGUUAUUGUGUUAAGAUUAUUUUGGAAGUAAAAAUAAAAAACAAUAGACUUUUUACCAGGUGUGUUCUAUGGGACAUGCUGUUAUUUGUGAAAAUAAUAUGAAGACAAUAAAAUGUGAUUUUUAAUUACAAAUAGCUAAUACACUGUCAAAAAGGAGUCAAAAUCUCAGGAACAUUCAUAGCUGUGCUUGUUUUGAUUUGCUGAUUAAUUGGGAACUGCACUGGUACAUAUUCUUCAUUUCUUCAAGCUAUUUGAAUUGCAUUGGCUUUAAUUCUUACCAAUAAAAAUUAGGUGCAAAAAAGAAAUAAAUUAUUAUAUUUCUAUCCUUCAGAGCUACCUAUUCCAUAAUUCAUUCUCCUUGUAGCACAUUAUGCCCGAUAUGUGCUUUUAGUAUGAGCAAAGAAAUUAUUGUGAUGGAACAGCUGAAAUUUGAGAAGAUUCUGAUUUAUAGUGUGAAUUUAUUAAUGCUUAGCAGAGCAUUCUCAAAUGUAAAUGUGGUUAUCUUUAUACAUAUAAUGUUUACAUGACUACUGGCGGGUAUCUCCUGCUAUUUUAAAUACAACUAGUGGUUCCCCAACUUCAUGGAGAAUGUUUGGAAUUCAGGGAAACUGCUCCUGACUUUUGAAAGAUACAGAUCGUCUUGCAGAUUAAUACUUAGUGGUAUGGACCCCAAGCUCCUUUGUUUGCUGGGGAAAAAAUCGGUUAAACAACACCUCAGAUUUGGAGGGUGUGCCCCCAUCUUCUGGAAAAAAUGUUUUUCUUUCUUUCUAGAUUUGUAGUUACAGGAACUAAAACAUUUAAUUUGAUGCAAAAUUUUAAUGAACUCUGUUAAUUACAAUAUUUCCUUAGAUUUUGAAUUCUGUUCUUAUUUUUAGAAAAAUUGUGCUGUAUCCACUGAAUCUGAAUUCCAGUGCAACUUGCAUUUAAGACUGGGUAGGGUGACAGCUCUCCAGAUGUUUUUGGACUACAACUCCCAUCACCUCUGACCAUUGACCAUGCUGGCUGGGACUGAAGGGAGCAGAAGCCCAGUAAUAUCUGGAGCAGGGUUUCCCAAACUUGGGUCUGCAGCUGUUUGUGGAUUACAAUUCCCAUCAUCCAAGACCACUGGUCCUGCCAGCUAGGGAUGAUGGGAGUUAUAGUUCAUAAACAGCUGAAGACCCAAGUUUGAGAGACUCUAGUCUGGAGGACACCAGGGAUUGCUGAGCUAGAUCCUUAUAUAGACCAAAUCUGCCAUGUAAACUUUUCAAGACCUUUUCAAGGGGACAAUGAGACUGUAUUUCCCAUCGUGUGUUUAAAAAAGUGAUCACGUGUGGUGUACCGCUUGUGGAAUGUUCGUCAUUCCUCUCCCUAUACAUCGGGAUUCUUUCAUUCUUGCUGUCUAAGUUGAUCUUCUACUUGUGGACACGUAAUGUACAAACUCCUGCAUACAAAAGUUGUUGAAGCCAAUGCAUGUGACAUAUUUGGUAGAUGCAGUAGUUCAGAAAACAAAUGCAUUACCUAAAAAAGGCAUUAGCUGGUAAACUUUGAAAGAUUGGGGAUCUGGAGGAAAGAGUUUUUUCAAUAUUACUUUAUAUUGCACUUAACCAAUUUCCCUUCCACAGUGUUUUCUUCUCUAAGUCUUGGCCUUCUUCCUGAACGUUCAGCUACUCUAAUGGUAUAUGAAGAUGUUGUACAGAUAGUCUCAGGAUUUCAAGGUAUGUGGUGUAAAGGGACCUUCUUUACUUUGUCAUAAUAGUUUUUACCUGUCCCACAGCUAGAGCUAGGACUUUAGCCUUUUCCCACCUUGGCAUCCUGAUCGUGGCAGGAAGAGAGACUGCAGUGUGUUAGCGGAGCUGAAUUAGGUGAUCUGGAGAGCCAGUAAAAGCCUCUACUGGCUUUACCUAAUAAUUUCUUAGGCCUGGCUCCUAGAUGCAACUCAUGUGGCCAACUGAUCCCUUUAAAAACAACCAAACAGAUAUUUGCUCUUUAUAAAGCAAGUUUUAAGUUGUGUGUCUCCCAAGAUGGAAUUGAACACCCUGAGGUUUUCAUAGUAGGUGACAAAUAAUACAGAUAAAUUGCAGGAGAUUGGGUUGCUUGAUUAAUUACAUAUGCAUAAUCUGCAUAUGAAUACAGCAAACUCUCUAAGAAAAAAAGCCGACUUUAUUAGUGGUUUUGGAUUACGCAUGCACAUUUCACAGCUGUAAAUUCUUUAAAGUUGACAGUUGCUGUCUGUAGCAAUUGUAGUUUUGUGAUGGUGCUGAAAAUUCUGUCUUAAAAGAGAUCCCACAAUUCCUUAAGGGAAAGGAACCAUGACAGUGGAACCGGUUUAUGUCUGUACUGCUGUUAUGGCCUGAAGCCACAGCCCAACACCUUGCAACAAUACAUCCUGUAUUGAAGGAGCCAAAACUGUGCUUCUGCUCCACAGCAUGUAUUGUCUAAGCUGCAGCUGAGGAUUCUUGGAGAGGUUUCUUUUUUUUUGCAAUGAGUCGUAGGAGAUAAUAAAAUUAUUCUGUGUUACUCUGCUGCUUUUGUUUUUGUUGUGGAUACUCAUCCAUAUGCAUAUGCAAAGCAGCACAGGCAGAGAUUUAUGACUGAGCAGAGCUAUCCCUGAGGUAGAGCAAAUAUCACUAUGUAUUGUACAACAUGGGAGAGCUAUGCAUGCUCCAGGGUUUCUCACAGUUAACUUCGCUAAUAUGCAAAAAUAAAAAAAUGCUACCUUCAAUUUGCCUUUGACUGCUUUAAAAGGGGACCUCUUAAUAUUUGAGAAAUGUCUUGGGUUGCCAGCUACCUUUGCCACCUCCUGACAAAAGGGACGAUGAGUGCCAGGGAGGGGCUCUGCAAGCCUCCAGGGGCUUCAUUGUACCCAAAGGUGCCCUGAUAGGGACCCCAGAUUUAGCAGCUGUCUGUGGUUUGUGCUCACAUUGUGUGAAAUGGAUUUGUAAAAAUGUUACAUGGGGGGGUGGGAAUACAAGAGAGAGACAUUGCGCACACUUUUGUAAAUCAAGAAAAUAUUUUAUUUAAAAAAAAUUAGAAAGCUGCUAUAAUUGUUCCAAUACAUUGUUGUUGUUCUAAGUGAAAAGUGUUCGUUAUUUAUUUUACUUUAUUAUUACAUUUAUAUCUCACCUUUCCUCCAAGGAGCUCAAUACGGCAUACAUUUUACCCUCACAACAUUUUGUCCUUACCUUACCUGGGAGUAAGCCCCACUGAAAACAGUGAGGCUUUAUUUUGAGUAGGCGUAAGUUUGUACUGCAAGCUCUGGUUCUGAGUACAUAACUGGAUAUGAAUUUAAUUUUAUUGGGGUCAGAAAGCACUUAGGUAGUUGCCUUAGUGGUCACUUGCGACAUUUGUAUCUCUCCCCAUAACAUAAAUUUCAUACAAAGAGGCUUACAAAUAAAUAGGUAAGAAAAAGAAUAGGUAAGAGAACAAUUUGAAUACAAAUAAGACAAAGAAUCAAAAUCAUCAUAAAUAACAAUGAAAACAAAAUUCACCAGACACCCUAAGUUAAGUCAACAGAUUUUAAAACUGAAAGGCCCAGACUACAUUGAAUAUUUGAAAGGCCUGAAUGAACAGAAAGGUCUUCACUUGAGCUGAAAAGACUGCCAAGUUUAGGGUUGCCAUGUGUCCUCUUUUUCAGGGGUAAAAUUUGAGACAGAUUGCAUUUAUUUGCUUUGAAUGGCUGUCAUAUUGUCCUCUUUUUUGCUCUUCCAAUUAUGGAAACAUUAGAUGACACCAGUCGUACCUCCCUGGGAAGGUUGUUCCAUAAUUGGGGUGCCACUACUGAAAAGGCUCUGUCCCUGGUGAUUACCAGUCCCUGGUGAUUACCAGCGGUUGGAGGAUGGAUGGCGACUCACAGACUGAGGUUGAAUCCUGACAAGACAGAAGUACUGUUCUUGGGGGACAAGAGGCACGCUGGUGUGGAGGACUCCCUGGUCCUGAAUGGGGUAACUGUGCCCCUGAAGGACCAGGUGCGCAGCCUGGGAGUCAUUUUGGACUCGCAGCUGUCCAUGGAGGUGCAGGUCAAUUCUGUGUCCAGGGCAGAUGUUUACCAGCUCCAUCUGGUACUCAGGCUGAGACCCUCCCUGCCUGCAGACUGUCUCACCAGAGUGGUGCAUGCUCUGGUUAUCUCUCGCUUGGACUACUGCAAUGCGCUCUAUAUGGGGCUACCUUUGAAGGUGACCCGGAAACUACAACUAAUCCAGAAUGCAGCAGCUAGACUGGUGACUGGGAGCGGCUGCCGAGACCACAUAACACCGGUCUUGAAAGACCUACACUGGCUCCCAGUACAUUUCCAAGCACAAUUCAAAGUGUUGGUGCUGACCUUUAAAGCCCUAAACAGCCUCGGUCCAGUAUACCUGAAGGAGCGUCUCCACCCCCAUCAUUCUGCCCGGACACUGAGGUCCAGCGCCAAGGGCCUUCUGGAGGUUCCCUCACUGCGAAAAGCCAAGUUACAGGGAACCAGGCAGAGGGCCUUCUCGGUAGUGGCACCCGCCCUGUGUAACGCCCUCCCGCCAGAGAACAACAACUACCAGACUUUUAGAAGACAUCUGAAGGCACCCAUGUUUAGGGAAGCUUUUAAUGUUUGAUGGACUACUGUAUUUUAAUAUUUUGUUGGAAGCUGCCCAGAGUGGCUGGAGAAACCCAGCCAGAUGGGCGGGGUAUAAAUAAUUUUUAUUUAUUUAUUUAUUUAUUUAUUUUUAUUAUUACUACUACUACUACUUCAUUCGGGGGAAGCACUCAGUUACGAAUCUAGUGUAAAUGACAGAAAGCUGUUGGAAGUAAAGCUCAUCUUUUGAGUAGGCAUUAAAAUGAUGAUUCCUUAACUCAUUUUUACACAGAUUUAAAGCUAUAUGUAUUGAAUGAGUACCCCAAAGCAAUAUAGCUGGUCAUCCAAGAACCACAUACCAUACCUUGUAAUAAGGAGUUAAUCCUUGAUUGGCAGGGGUUCUUUGUUUUCUUUAAGUACACUCCAUGUAUUGAAAAAGAAGCUCUUGGGAAUACAGUAACAGCUGUUUUAAAUCUUCAUUUGCAUGUUAUGCAAAAGCUUGCAGAUGGGGCCUGGCUGUGUUUGCUGCAAAGCUUUGUUAAUGGUACAAAUUUGUGGAGAAGUGCUUUUGGCUUCAGAAGCAGAUACCUAAUGGGACCUGAAAUGAUAAAUACUACAUGAAGCUGUCUCUAAUCCUUCCAAGACUCCAAACCCUCCAAUCCCAUUAAGUGGCUUUGAACAAAAGUUCAUUGUUGGUUGAGAGUUCAAGGAAAGCAUAAAUCAUUAGAAGACGGCUUCCCCUACAGGGGAUUUCCACAGGGGUGGAGGCUUGGUAUAUGAUGGGCAGAUUGUUUGAACUCUUCAACAGAAUCAAGCCAAGUUGCUCUAGACCUGGAGGAUGGAGGUUUGAGGUGAUAGCUCUUUUCUUGACACCUGAGCCAGCAAAGACUCCUGCACUCCUGGCUUUCUGGAACUAUUGCCUUGCUUCAGUGACUAUAAAGUAGCAGGAAUUUAAUGAACGAGAGCCAUUCAGAAACCUGGGGAGGACCAUAAUGGUUUCUCUGGACAUGAUUCCACUCCGGAACUUUCUUCAAAGGGCCUGCAUGUGGCCUUUGGAGGGAGUGUAACUUCUUACAGCAGGAUGGUAAAUGCAAGUGAAGGCGCAGACCCAGAGAGAACACCUGGAGAAGAAAUGAGCCCCCCUACACGUGACACUGUGGUCUAAACCACUGAGCCUCUUGGGCUUGCUGAUCAGAAGGUCAGCAGUUCAAAUCCCUGCAACGGGGUGAGCUCCCAUUGUUCUGUCCCAGCUUCUGCCAACCUAGCAGUUCAAAAGCACGCCAGUGCAAGUAGAUAAAUAGGUACCACUGUGGCAGGAAGGGUAAUGACAUUUCUGUGUGCUCUGAUUUCUGUCACGGUGUUCCGUUGCGCCAGAAGCAGUUUAGUCAUGCUGGCCACAUGAUCUGGAAAGCUGUCUGUGGACAAAUGCUGGCUCCCUCGGCCUGAAAGCGAGAUGAGCGCUGCAAACCCAUAGUCGCCUUUGACUGGACUUAACCAUUCAGGGGUCCUUUACCUUUUUUACCUUCUACCACUUUAGUAGUCAUGGCUCCCCCCCCACACACACACACCAAAGAAUUCUGGGACCUGAAGUUUGUCAAGGGUGCUGAGAAUUGUUAGGAGAGCUCUGUGCUCAUCACAUAUCUACAAUUCCCAUAAAGGUUUAACAGUCCUCCUUUCCAGGAAACACUGGGAGUGGCAGUUCUGUGUUUUAAAUGUACUGUGCAGAUGUACAUUGAAUUGCAUUGCCCUGUCACAUCACUUCUGUGUGCCUGAUCGUUUGCUCACGUUCAGGAUUUACAUGUACUGAAACAAGUAGCUGUUUCCAGCUGCAGAUAACUUUAGACAGCAAUCUUAGGCACAUUUAACAGUGAAUGCAAUGGAACUUGCUUCUGAGAAGGUAUACAUAGGACUGUACCAUUAAAGGUACAUUUUGACUUUGAAGAGGGAUGGUGGCUUCCUUUUAGAUGAAAUAGCCAAACAUCCUGCUGAAUUAACCAUUGGGAUCUUGUAUCACUUAUUGCUUGCUUAAUUGGCGAACGGUAAUUGCUGCUGGCGUUGUUUGCUUUCACUGGAAUCCAUUAAAUUAAGCAAACCAUGAAUGCUGGCUAUCUCCCAUAGAUAUCAUAAAUGUAAUCCUGUGGGGAGUAUGGGGAAUAUCAUGGCUUUGCUACUAAAGUUAUAAUUGCAUUUAUAGAAACCUUGCUUCAUGUAGAUGGCUAUUGUCACAUUCAUUUGCUUAGUUGCUCUGUUCCUUUGCUUAUUGCUAGGUGCACGGAUCCAGCCCAAAGUUCAUUUUCAAAGGAGAGCCUUGAAACUGCCAGAGAAUACCAGCUUUAGCGACCUCACAGCAUUUCUUACUUCAGCUAGUUCACCUUGGGAAGUGGAUAGUUUUCCUUAUUUACAAGGAUAUGAUGGCAAUGGAACUGGUAAACUUUUGUUCUUGUGAUUAUUAAAGUAUGUUUUAAGUUCUAUCUGACUAGUUUGAGUAUUACCAGAAUAGUACCAUUUCUGUGUAGCCACUAGUACUGUUAUUUACUGCCUGUAUUAACUCUUUUCCUGAUUUAUUUAUUUUUAAAAAAAGGAUGCCCCAACCCCCAAAAUCAUUUGUAGCAGUCCUAUGAGGCUAGUGACCCACCAAACUGAACUCAGCCCUCUGCUGUUCUGCUCCAUGGGUCACAGACUGUGCAGGCCUGAUUUAUGGCCUUUUAAAGUGCAAAGGAUAAAAAUAAAACCCUACAUUUAAUUUACACUUGGUCAGAAUGGCCUGUUCCCCUUCCCUUCCCCAAGGCUGCCUGCAUCUAGUUCUCUGCAUCAAUGUUGAAAUGAUAGAGCACCUAGCAGGCACUCCUGCUAUUGGAACAAGGGGUCUUGUCCUAAGAGAGCUUGAGGCUCACAGGGGAAGCUGGGCAGUGUCCCACCAAGAAGCCAAGUCAGAAAUGCAAGGCACCCAAAGUAUCUACAGGACCUUGGAGAGCUCCCAGGGUCCUGCUGAGCUAGCAUUGCAAGCUGAUGUCUCAGCAAGCAUCUAGCGCAGCCUUUCUCAACCUGUGGGUCCCCAGAUGUUGUUGAACUACAACUCCCAUCACCCCUAGCUAGCAAGGCCAGAGCUCAGGGAUGAUGGGAGUUGUAGUCCAACAACAUAUGGGAAGAACCGCUGAUCUAGCGACAACCAAUUUCUUAUAAGUACAGUAGUCUGGACCUGUCAUGCGGUACACCCCACCAUCCCAGAUGAACUGACUGGUUUUUAAGGGGCCGUCACCAUAUUCUUCAGCCUUUGGAUCCUGAUAGGCUGGGGAGACGGGUGCCAUGUCUCAGUAAGGGGGCCUGGAAGACAGUCCUAACUGUUCUUUCCCCAAGGCCAGAGCUGAAGCUUCAUCAUCCUCUGAACCCCCUGUGUUGCACAGUGCAUGGUUCCUGGGUCGUGGAUCACGGCAGGGCGAAGGGAUGCAGCUGAAUGGGGAAACUGACAGGCCAUUCAUAUGUGCAUGAAAGUACUUUCAAUUCACACCUUGGAUUUAUUUGCUAAAUGUCCACAUGCAGAGAAAGCAUCGCCGCCGCAGGAUGACAGGAACAACAAUUGCUUGUCAUUGUCAUCCUUCGCUUGCCACUUUCUUUGUCACCAGCAAGCUGUCGGUGUAUGGGAUGGACAUAGCAAGACAAUGUAAUCAGUGGUGCUUUCAUCUGAGAGGCAUGUGGCCAAACUCUUAAGCUAUUUGAAACAAGGAAGUUAAAACCUCGGUAGGAUUGUAAUGUUGAAUUGGAAUGAGCUGAAGGCCAAACUGUACAUUAGUUAAUGAUGUGAUUAGCAAUCACGUUGUGGCUUUCUAAAAUAAAAGUAAAAAUUGGGUAUUGUGGGGAUGGUAGUCAUCAGCCAUAUGGAUAGGGGUGUUUAAGCCUUCCAUCUCCAGCUGCAAUCAUGAAGCCAAUUUGAGGUUUUUUCCUCUAAUUUCACAUGGGAAGAGGGGGAUUUUUACCAAGAACUAGUCCUUUUUAUUUUUAAAAAAACCACAUUGUGAUUAUUAAUCACACCAUUAACGCAAUGUUCAUGUUGGCUCUGCCACUCCCUGUAACUGGCCUCAUAUGCUUUAAAUUUUGCAAAGUGGUGUCCAGGUCAUGACACCCUUAGGUAGCGGGAAGCUGAUUCGUUAAUGAAAAAUAGUAGGUGUCCAUGUGAUCAUUCUAUGUAUGAAUUGGCUUUGAAAGUUAUAUUUUAUGCAUUUUCAUACUGUUGUUCAUUUGCUUACAGGAAAUAACACUAGGUAUGAUCUUACUCCUGUCACUGCAGUUAGUGUUCACUUACUCAGAAGCGAUGGGACUCCAGUUCCAGUGAAUGGACCCAUCUAUGUAACAGUGCCUCUCCCUACAAACAACAACUUGAAGCAUAGCACCCAUGUGCCCGCUUGGAGGUUUGACCAAAAAUUUGGUAAGGAGCCUUUUGUCACUAAUCCUCAAUUUUCAAACACUUCAUUAGAUAGUUCACAACCUCAGAUUGGAACACAGCUGAAGUGUAACGAGAGGCAGUUAUUCAUGAUGGUUCAAGAAUGAUUCGUUGUUGCUUGAUUAUGAGAAUUCUCCUUUGCAGUUCUUAUUUUACAGUUUGGGGUAGAAUUUUUAAGGGAGGCUCCUAUUUAAGUGAGACUUAUCAUUUUGCGUUUCACAAAGCCAAGCGUGACACUGCCUUUAUUGUUGUUUGCCAGUUGGAUUUUGGCUGUCUUUUCGUUUAAUUCCAGUAUGUAGAAUCCAUUAAUUCAAGAGCCCAUUUACUUCAGUUUUCAUUUACAAUUCAAGAUUGCCAUUUUUACUUCUGUGAAGGGAGACAGAAAAUUGACUCAUACAUGCCUGGUUUAUUUCCUGCAAGUAGCAGUCCACCUUUUCCUGUAUCCUGUUUAAAAGGUUGGCACAUACAUUUGCAAAUGAUUGCGAGGAAAGAGGCUUUCUGAAUUAGAUCAUUAAGUCACAGUGGCCAGGCACUUAAAUCUCUUACUCCUCUGGUUAUCUGCUUUAUAUAUUGCUCCCUGCUGAGUAUUUUUAAAAAAUGCUACAUGUGCAGCUGUAAAUAGUAUGCAGUUGGUAAGCUGAAUGAAGGGAAUUUCCUCAUCUGGUAUUUAAACAUCUGUUUCAGCAUAUAUGGAUAGAACAGUCCUUGGCAAAUUUAGCCAUAUUCACAUUAAUUUAGGGCAGUGGUGGCUAACCUUAGUACCAGUAAUACUGGACUUCAGUACCCAUCAUCCCUGACCAUUGACCAUACUGGCAGAGGCUCAUGGGAGUAGAAGUCCAACACCUAGAGAGUCACCAUCCCUGGUUUGGGGCCUUUGUUUCCAAUGGCAUGGGGACACUUUUUAUUUUAUCGUGAUACAGUUAUUAAAUAUAACAAUAGUUAUGAGUAAUAUUCUUAAUAACAGCAGUAAUAAUGAUGAGCAGCAUCCUUGCUAUGAAUAAAAUUAUUUUAUUUCAAGAAUUAGGACAUAAAAUUCAAUAUUUGUAAUAUUUAGAAAAUUUUAUGUAGCUGAUUUUUCAGUACACAGAAGUAAACAAAGUACCAUAUCAGAUAUACUGUUAAAUUACCAAUGUUGAUAAACAGGGGGAGGGAUUUCCUAGUAUAAUAUCCUGCUUAGCAUUCCAAAAUCAUCUUCAAAUUUCUUAACACUUAAAAUCUUCCUUGUCCAACACUCAUGGACCGCAUAACUGUAUUUAACGUCACAAGAUUGCACAGUUUCAUGUACCAUUCUCUUAAAUAUGCCAGCUCACAUCUCCACCCCAUUUUUUUGCCAAGCUCGUCCCCAAGUACUUUCUUCCCCUGUGCUUUAUCGACUUAUCAGCAAUGACUGAAAACACCCAUUCGGCCAAGCCUUGACUUUACCUGCCUGACAUGUGACAUCUUAUAUGUCAUAUGUGACAUCAGGAUUAGGGCAGGUGGGUGUAACUUGACAAAAAUGGCCUCACGGGCCAAUUGGAGAGACUUGGUGCCCAUGGGCCAGAGGUUCCUCACCCCUGAUCUAAAGAGGAAGGACAACUUGUCAGACCACUUAAGUCCAGAGUCUGAAAGCAGCUGACUUCAUCACUGACAUGCAUUGGCACAUAUCGCUAGGGCUGCUGUGCUCAGAAAGUGUCAUAUGUUGUAAACCAGUGUAGGAAGACCCACUGAAAUCAAUAGCUCUUUCUUCCACAUAAAUGUCCUUAGAACUAUUAUAUUAAAGCAAGAAAUAAUAAUAAAUCACACUGAUCAUUUACUUUGCAAUUAUCCAUUUAUAUGCCAUAUUACUCCAAGCAAGAAUGAAGCAUUGCAAACAAAACUUAACUGCCUUGGAUGCAAAGCAUACUAAAUUAAAGGAGUGGCACCUUUUGAAUAAUUGAUAAAAUUAAACAGCCUAAUUGUGCCCUGGAGACAUUUCGAAGUUUAUUCCGCGAGCUGGAGAUACACUCCAUGUCUUAAUCUGCAGCAGUUGCCUCUACUGGAGAUGGCAGGCAGAGAGAUGCUUUAGUGGGAUGUACUGUCACGCCUUUGAAGGAAGCCCUCGGUUUUUAGGGUCUAAAGUAAGCAUACAUCCAUUAGACUGUGAUGUUAAUGUACAGGUGGAGAUAGAAAGGUAGCCCGCCAGAUUUCCCACGACUCGAUGAAAUUCACCGACUUACAGCGCAAUGUGAAUUAUUUCUGAUGUUUGUUAAAAGUCCAUCAGGGGUGUUUUGACUUGUUCCCUUUCCUCUUCCUGCUCAAGCAGCUUUGCCAAUGUUUGCUGUGCCUCGUAUGCAAACAGGCCAAGGACAAUGGGUUGCUCCUGGAUUGCUCCUUGUGCCUCACCCUGAAUACAUUUUAUGCCAACAUCAUUAGGAGCCCCUCCAGACUGCUUUCGCUUUUGGCAGGUGUGUUCUGCAACGCGAUAAUAGAGCUUUAGAGGUUUGAUUUAUACUGGGCCGUCCACACAUCAUUCUGCUUUAUUUAGAUGUUCUGCAACACUUCCCCAAUGUUGUUGCAUUGCCGUUGUCUGGAGGGGUGUUCUCGCACUACAGCACAACUAAAGUGGAGCAACCCACCCGCUCCCCCAGAACAUUUGCAAUAUUAAAAAGUUACAGGAUUUCAGCAGGACAUUUUGAGACAUGCAUCGCUUGUGCGUCUGCUCCAAAAUUUUUGCAGGCACUUAACAGUAUCAGAAGUAGCAUUUGUUGGCUUCGUCUGCAUGAUAGGAAAGGGAAUUUGCGAGCUUUGCUCUUGUGUGCUCUUUCCUUUUCGGUUUCCGCGAAAUGCAGCUUCUUGUGUACCAUUCUUGGCUCACAUCCUCCUUUUCCUGAACACUUAGCCGACAUCCUGGACCAUAACCGUGUUUUUAGCUCUAUUUCAUGCAAAAUAGACCACUGUCACCCCCUCUGAGUAAAUCUAAACCGAGCGCCAGUUAAUCCAAUAGUAAUUGUGAUGGAUCGUUUGCAUGUCAAGGUGCUGCUCACCGGCUUAGUGUACUGAAGGUGCUUACCUGCACCGCUUUGGGAUAAAGAGUUUGGAGGUGAUCCUCAGAAAGUGCCUGACAUAUUUUGACAUGUUGAGUCAAUGCGCACAGUUGGCACUGAAUGUACAAUACCUACAAACGUCAGUUAUUGCUUUCCCCAGAGAUUUUCACCAGGAAAGAUUGGAGAUGGGCCUCAUGUUUUCAUACUUCCUCUUCCUGUGGUGAGGAGAGUGGAGAAGGGAAGUCCUACAGCCCACUGGAUUUAAAAGAGGAGUAAACUGAAUGAAUAAAUAUAAACUGAAUGAAUAAAUGCCGAACAAAUACAUUUUAUAUUGUUGGAUCCAAAAUUUUGCAAAGGUAGCAGGUGGUGUACAUGUUGUUGUUGUUUAGUUGCUUUUCUCACAGAGUGACCCAAAGCAGCUUAAGUUAAAACCAAUUAAGAACAACAAUAAAAGCGCAGCUACAAGACAGGACUACAACUCCAGCCUCAGUAAAAGAGGUCACAGCAGUACCCUUCAAAUGAAGGGCCAGGAUCAGAUAGUUUUCUUUUAUUUUUCAAAGUGUUACUGUUUGCGAUGGGCACAACUCAUCCUGCUUUUGCCUUUGGUAAACAGGCUUUGGAAGAUUCUGUAUUGGUUGGAAAAAAAACUGCAAAGCUUGUUUGAUCAGCUUUGGGGACAAAAGGAAUAUUUGGGGAGGUAGUAGAAAAGCCCUGCCUCUCCCAGAAUGUUUUUCGUUUGUUUCCAUUUGUUUCCAGCCUCAGAGUCCUCAGAUGUGUACACCUACCCAGUGGUGAAUGUGUUCAAGUUUAAGGUACACAAAUGUAUACAGAAGUGUGCAAAUUAACAGCAGAACUGUGGUAAAAGACCACAGCGGCAUACAAAACACAUCUUAAGAAAUUAUCUUUCAUCCAUACAAGUCGUACCUCGGAAGUCAAACAGAAUUCAUUUCGGAAGUCCAUCCGACUUCCAAAACAUUCGGAAACCAAAGUGUGGCUUCUGAUUGGCUGCAGGAAGCUCCUGCAGCCAAUCGGAAGCUGUAGGAGGCCCGUCAGACGUUCGGCUUCCAAAAAUAGUUCGCAAACCGGAACAAUCACUUCCGGGUGUGUGGCAUUCGGGAGCCAAAACAUUAAAGAACUAAGCUGUUUGAAAACCAACGUACAACUGUAGUCACUUUAGCCAAGCCGUUUAUUGUUGUGCCUACCGAAACAACAUUGUUAACAACAUCAGAUUGCUUGUUAUAUAAUUAUUGUUUUCAAGCUACAGAGGGGAAGUUGAGCCGCUGCAAAGUUCACAGCUCAUGCUGUUUUUAUCUGGCAGUUGCUGAUAACUUGCUUUGGACAUCCUUUUCUGCCUUAAGAGAAUAUCAUUGUUAAGUGCUUCUUUCUGAAAUUAAAAGAGAGACUAUCCUACGCAAGGAUUACAUGAUUUCUAAAGAGUGAGGUAUUCCCUGGUUGCUAUAGAAAUGAAACUCCCCUCCCCCCCAAAAAAAAUAGUUUUAAAUCAGUUGCAGCAACUACAUAAUGCAAUGGAGGCAAAUAUAAUUGCAUGGUAGCAGACAUGCUGUGGUGUAGAGAGGAAAAGAUCUGCUGCUGUGUUGAAUGCUUUGCAUUCUGUUUAAGUUUUACUGGAAAGGAGCAAUUAAAAGCUAAGGGUGCAGACAUGUUGGUUUGAUUUUCUGAAGUGCAGGUGUAAAAGCCAAAGUUGCAUACAGCACUUGCAGCUCAACCUCCUCCUAUAGACACAGCAGUCCAAUUUGCACAUCACAGUAAACCAUAGUUAAUGGUUUGCCAUCAAUGUUCCUAAGAGGGUUCUUUUGCUCCUUUCCACACGCUGAGAAGAAACAAACUGCAGUCCCUGGCUUAGCAUUAUAUCUGAACUAGGGGUCAUAGUUUGUUCUGUUUCAAGUAAACCAUGAUCUGUAGCUGAUGUUUGUUCUUGAUUUUUUAUUGUGGUUUGUUGUAGCACAGUCUCAGAGUCUGAUAUAACACUAAGUAGGGGAUGGUGGCUUUUUUUUUUCCUUGUAAGAGCAGAGAGAGACAAAACAGACAGGUGUGGUCAUAGUAAAGCAUAGUUAGAUGUAUGGUUUAGCAUUAUGAGGAUUCAGUGCUGAUGUCAUACCAGACCAUGGUUAAGGAACCUUUAAUGUGGUUUAGUGUGUAGUUUGAGCUGAUAUACUCUGGUUUGUGAUUGACUGGCAAACUAUAAUUGGAAGCCAUGAGUUGGAGUGGAUUUGUGCACCAAGGUUUAUGCUAACUAUAGUCUGGCAUUCUUUUGGAAUUGACAAACCAUAGUUACAACUACACCUACUCCUACAAUGGAGAUGGUAGCAGAGGGAAUGUAUUCACAUUACACACUGAGUGCUGAAGGGAAAAAAACAAAAGUAGCAGCUCUGACUCGUGGUUUGCCUGUUGAACAUUUCAAAGCUCAAACCAUGGCAUUGGGUUCUAAACCGUGGUUAGCACAAACCAUGGUGUGAGCUGAGCCAGAGACUGCAGACAGCCGCCAAAAAGAAAACAGCCUUGAAGAGGCUGUUGCUGUAGGUAAAAUAAGGCAUGUCUAUGCUGCAUUGGGAUUGAAGCCUACAAUGAACAGAUCCCCGUUUUCAGUGAAAUUUCAGUAGGUCUCUGGCAACAGCUCUCAAGGGUUUCAGGCAGAAAUCUUUCCUCAGUCCUGAGAUCCUAAAAAGUCUUAAUUUUGAUUUGUAUGCAUAUACAGGGAUCUCCCCGCUGCAAAUCAAAGCCUUCUCCUCCCUGGUGCCCUCCGGGUUUUGUGGACAACAUCAUCCUUGUCCAUUGACCAUGCUGUCUGAGGCUGAUGCGAGUUGUAGUCUAAAACACCUGGAGGCACCAGGUUGGAGGAGGUUGGUGUUUUCAUACAAAUUAAUUCAGGUACACCUGAGUGAUGGGUAUAAGCUUUAGAAGCUGCCUUGCUACCAGGCCAAACUACUCACUUGUCAAUUCUUGUAAUAUUGCCUGCUCUGGCAACCACGGGCUGAUCCCUUGCUACCUGAUCUUUUCGACGGCAGGGUUUGAAUUCGGGCCCUUCUGUAUGCAAAGCAUGUCCCUUUCCACUGAGCUAUGGUCACUCCCUGCCCAUGAUUUGCAUUUAUGGCCUCUGCCAGGCAAAUCAGAUGAUCUCCCAGGAGGCUGCCUUCCUUUAUAGGUUUCGCUUCUAAUCAAAACAGUGUGAAUUGUGAACUGGGGUGGUGGCUGUGAUGUGGUGUCUGAACGCUAACCGUGAAGAGUUGCAACUGAAAAAGAAUCCUUUGCAUUUAUAUUUUCUUUUCUUUUCUUUACCAGAGAAGGAAGCAGUAUAGUCUAUGCCAACCGUGAAGCAGUAAUUUGCAGUAUAAUGUAUAAUGUCCCUGGAGUUCUUCCUUCAUAGUUUUCCCCCCACCCCUGAAAAAAAAGGCAUUUAGGGAGCAAAAACAAUGGAAAGCUACCUGUGUGCAUAAUUCGCCCUCCCUCCUCCUUCAGAUGUAAUUAGAAUUGCUAAGUGCAGGGAAGAGCUGUGUUCUUUUGUUCAGUAUUAGACAGGUAAUUUAAACGUACAUCGGAAAUGCAGACUUAAAAUGACAGCGGUAACAAAGGAGGGGGGAAAUGAAAAGUUCAACUUGGAUUUUAGUAAUGAAUCAAGCAGUAAUCCUUUGCGGGGAGGGAUUUCUUUUCCUGCACUUAGCAAAAAUCAUAUAGAUUGCAUGUCAGAACAAGUGUACAUGUGUGAUUUUUAAUUUGGUUAUCCUAAAGCACGCAAAGUAGGGAAGCCCAUCGAUAAGUUGUAGAGCAUCUGAAGUAUACCCAUCAUUCAGCCCGUACACUGAGGUCCAGCUCCGAGGGCCUUCUGGCAGUUCCCUCCCUGCAAGAAGUGAGGUUAUAGGGAACCAAGCAGAGGGCCUUCUUGGUAGUGGUGCCCACCCUGUGGAACGUCCUCCCAUCAGAAGUCAAGGAAAUAAACAACUAUCUGAUUUUUAGAAGACAUCUGAAGGCAGCCCUGUUUAGGGAAGUUUUUAAUGUUUGAUGUUUUAUCGUGUAUUUAAUAUUCUGUUGGGAGCCACCCAGAGUGGCUGGGGAAACCCAGCCCGAUGGGCGGGGUAUAAAUAAUUUUUUGUUGUUGUUGCAGAAGGUCCCAUGUUCAGACCCCAGCAUCUCCAGGUAGGGCUGGAGGUCUGCUGCUGGUCCAUGUAGACAAUGCUGAGCUAGAUGGAUCUAUUAAGAACAUAAGGAGAGCUUGCUAGAUCAGGCCAAUCACAGAUCAUCCUAUUCUCACAGGGGCUGAACGGAUUCCUGUGGGAUUUCAACAAGCAGAACAUGAGCACAAGAGCAGGCUCCCUUCCUGUGGCUUCCAGCAAAUGGCAUUCAAAAGCACUGCUGCCUCCAAACUGUGGAGGCAGAACUUCUUCUUCUUUGGCGAUCAUUCGUAGCCGAGUAAGAUUGUCUUCCAUAAACACGGUUUUAACAGUGAGUCCGUAAGUGACUGUGGAGGCCAAUUCUGGAUCCACAUGUCCUUCCACUGUGGGGACAUAGGUUUCCGGACGGGAGUUGAUCAUGGUGCGGGUUUGCUAAGCGUGCCUUCCUCUUAGUACAUUUCUCCCUUUCGUCCCGAGUUCGAGCAUCAUCAAAGUCCAUGACACCUUUGGUAAAGGCUGUUCUCCCACUGGAGCGCUUACAGGCCAGUGUUUCCCAGUUGUCGCUGUUUAUACUACAUUUUUAAAGAUUUGCCUUGAGAGAAUCUUUAAACCACUUUCGUUGACCACCAACGUUACGCUUUCCAUUUUUAAGUUCGGAGUAGAGUAGUAGCUUUGGAAGACGAUCAUCAGGCAUCCGCACAACAUGACCAGUCCAACGAAGUUGAUGUUGAAGAAUCGUUGCUUCAACAUUGGUGAUCUUUGCUUCUUCUAGGACACUAGCAUUAGUUUGCCUGUCUUCCCAAGUGAUGUGUAAAAGUGAUGUGAGGCAGAGCAUAGCCAUCAUGACUAGUAGCCACUGAUAGCCCUUCCUCCAUGACUUGGUACAAGGCAGCUUCCUAUGUUUGUUGUUUGCCAAGCCAUGAUGUUUCUGCUAUGAAAAGGGUAGCAGGCUAAAGAUAAAAUUGUUCAGCUGGCUGGAAGCCUGUAGGAAAAAAUACUCAAUGAAAGGCGGGAGUAAUGAAGGUAUGAUCUCAGACUAUAUAUGCUUAUUUCUUCUGUUGCCUGGUAACUUCAGAACAAUGGUCGGAGCCCCCUCUGUAUUACAGGAGCAGGGGUUGCAGGGGGAGAACCUUUAGGGCUGAACUGUUGCCACUGUUGUAAUUGCCUAGGAGGAACUUCUGAAGUGUUUUAUGUUCUCCACUGAUAGCUUUCUACUCUAAACAAACCCCCUAUAUAUAUUUUUUUGAGGAAAGCUUUCUCAGGCUGAUUGAUGGCAAGGCAUUGUUUUGCCUGGUUUGAGGAUAAAUGUUUAACUCUUCAUGGGGAAGGUAAUUUACCCACAUUGGAGGAAUUCUCCAUGCUAAACUUCUUCUUUUUAAAAAAUGUAAUUAAAAGAUGAAAGAAAAGUUGACCAUAAUGUUAAUCCCUAUAAGGUGGGGAUAUGACUUUGAAGUGGAAAGUUAACGUUUGAAGUGCUGCAUGCUAGAUCGUUCUGUUUUUGUUCCCUCCGUACCGGUGUGUGUUUCCUAGAAAUGUUGUGCAGGCUACCACCAAAGUGGAGCAGGAGGUGGACAAAAAUGAAUUCUAACAGCUGCCCAUGCAAACAUGUGGAGGAAUAUCUGGCCUAGGCCCCCUAAAUAUGUACCACGGUUGGAGAACCUAUGGCUUUUGGGCUACAUCUUCUAUAUUUCCUGAACAUUGGCCAUUGGCAGCAUCAGAAAGACUACAGUUUCCUCACCCCUGGUCCUACUCUGACUUAGCUGUAGCUCCCAAGGAUAUUUUCCCAAUCCUGCUAAAUGUGUACCUUUGAAAUGGAAUGAAUGAAUGAAUGAAUGAAUGAAUAAAUAAAUAAAUAAAUAAAUAAAUAAAAUGGAGAUGUCAGAAAUUAAACUUUGGAACUUCUUCAUGCAAAGUGUGCUCUGCUGUUGAGCUCUGGCUCUGUGGUUCUGUAAACCGCAGAAGAGUGGGAUUUGAACUUGUAGAUGCAGAGAACAUUGGAUUUCCAGGCUGUUAACUUCCCCCUCCCACAGCCAUCGCCUUGCAUGCCUUGCUAAUAAAGGUGGACAUUUUCUCUAGCUGCCAGUAUGGGAGAAGGUGAGAUAAUCUGUGGUCCCAGGAGCAGAAACUAAAGGCUGUAUUUAGCCAACUUUUGCUCAGAAUAGACCCAUCAAAAUUAAUGGACCUAACUUAGUCAUAUUCAUUCAUUUUAAUGUGUCUACUCUAAGACUUUAACUUGGAUGCCAUCCAAUUAUCACAACUAUACCACAGCAGCUAAAUGCCCAUGAUAGUGGGGAUUCAGUAUUUAUCCUAAAAGUUAAAAUGGUUUAUUGUUUCGAUCAGUGGCUGAAAUAAACUUUUUCGGAUAGAAAAGGAGGUGCAGUAGGCUUAAUAAUUUAUAUAAACAUUAAGCUUGUUUAAAAGCAUGACAUAAUUUGGCCGCAUUUUGCAUGUAACAAUAAGCCAAGCACUUUGGCAUAACAAACCAUAGCUGUUUACGAGCUGGUAAGCAAAAGGGUAAGAGGGCAGUUCAGUGUUACAUCCAACACGCCGUGCUUUGCUGUUGGCUUAAGAAUCCUGACUAGAGAGAAACAAACUGCAAUCCUCGUUUCAGAUGUAAUGCUAAGCCAGUCUUAGCCAACCUGGUGCCCCUCAGAUGAGGUUGGACCACAGCUUCCAGCUGGAGGGCACCAGGUUGGUGGAGGCUGCCCUCUUCCUGCUUUCUGAGCAAUAUCAGAUUGCAUACAACAUCAUGCACCUCAGUAUCGUUUAUGGGCAUCCCAAGGGCUGUAGGAUGUGGCAGAUCUCCUUCUCUGAGAUCAGCAGCUCUGGUGUUGGAUUCCCCCUCCCAGCUACUGUAGCCAGUUCCACAGCCCUAGCAAUACUAGAGCUCUGACAUUGGUAGGGGCAAAAAUGGGGGUGUUGGGGGUGGAUUGGAAGCAUGCAGGUGGAGGAUCAGGAGAAGCAGAGUUUGGAUUUGAUAUCCCGCUUUAUCACUGCCCUAAGGAGUCUCAAAGCGGCUAACAUUCUCCUUUCCCUUCCUCCCCCACAACAAACACUCUGUGAGGUGAGUGGGGCUGAGAGACUUCAGAGAAGUGUGACUGGCCCAAGGUCACCCAGCAGCUGCAUGUGGAGGAGCGGAGACGCGAACCCGGUUCACCAGAUUGCAAGACUACUGCUCUUAACCACUACACCACACUGGCUCUCAGAGAAGACAUGGAUCCAAAGUCCCCCAGCACAUGCGCAAACCAGAGGUUGAACUACACCAGUCCUGGUGUAGCACAAUUCUCUUUAUUUUCAAUGGAGAGGGAAAUACAGUGGUACCUUGGUUUAUGAACAUAAUCCGUUCUGGAAGUCCGUUCCUAAACCAAAGUGUUCUUAAACCAAAGCAUGCUUUCCCAUAGCAGCGGAGGACUCAAUUUACAAGUGGAACACACACAACAGGAAGCGAAACGUGUUCUGCUUCCAAGGCAAAGUUCACAAACCAAAACACCUACUUCUGGGUUUGCAGCGUUCUUGAUCCAAGUUGUUCAUAAACUAAGCUUUCUUAAACCAAGGGACCACUGUACUUUGAAUAGAGGUUGGGGGCGUGGGGAGUUAGUCCUGAACUGAAAAAUUAUGGCAAGGCAGGAGAACACUCCUCUAAGCAUGGAAUAAUUUGGCCACAAUAAGGAAAUUUUGUCCGUGGUAUGAUUAUUUUCCACCUAGUCAUUUGGACACUUUGGCACCCUGUUUGCAAACUUUAACGGUUCCAAAAUACAGACGCGCUUUCACUAACGCCAAAAUUGAAUAUACUGUGGUACCUUGGGUUAAGAACUUAAUUCGUUCUGGAGGUUUAUUUUUAACCUGAAACUGUUCUUAACCUGAAGCACCACUUUAGCUAAUGGGGCCUCCUCCUGCUGCUGCUGCUACGCUGCCGGGGCACGAUUUCUGUUCUCAUCCUGAAGCAAACUUCUUAACCUGAGGUACUAUUUCUGGGUUAGCGGAGUCUUUAACCUGAAGCGUAUGUAACCUGAAGUGUAUGUAACCCGAGGUACCACUGUACUGCCUUCGGCUGUACUUGAGGGUCAAUUUCAAAAAAUUCUGCUGGAAAAAUUGUUAUUCCCAUGUGGAGAUGGCAGUAUUCAGUCAGUGCCUCGUGUGCUUCUGGCUUGCACUGUUUAUAAAGAUUUGAGGAGUGAGGUUUGUUACCCCUCUGUUAUUGUCCAUGUUGGGUCGCUCAACCAUUGCUACUGUGUCCUUUCUUUUAGCAGAUCAAGAUGAUCAGGUGACAGCAAAAACUGCAAGUUUUUUAGCUGGGGCAAUUAGAAUAAAAUCUAUUAUUUGAUUACUGAUGUAAACCUCCAAAACAUAUUUGUAUAGUUAAGUUUUCACCUCUAUCUUCAGUACAUUUUAUUUUGUUUAAUUGCUAUGGCUAGUGGCUGACGCAAAUAAAGAUUCUUCUGAUCAGCUCCUCUAACCCUGGAGAGAGCCCAGUAGGGCUUCGGAUAGGGCAGAUGAACUACCUUCUAGUUGUUUCCCAGGCCAGUCUUAGGAUCACAAGGCAAACCAAUUUUCCUGGCUUAUCAUUAUGUGCAAAUGUGGCCACUCUCAAAACAAGAAGCUUGCAUUUACUUUGGGCAUGAUCUACGCCACCAAGAUAAAUGGGACCAGGAGGUUGGUUAAAUUGUGCCCUAGGCAUUUUUACAUGUGGUUGGUGGUACCUAAGUGAGUUAAGGCUUUUUGACAAGGCCAAAAUUAUAGUGAUCAUUUUUUAAGUGACAUUCAAUUGUGCAUUUAACAAUAGCUUUAUCUUUUUCCUGCCUCUUCCCUUCUUCCUCUUCUCCCCCACCCCUUUGCUAUUUUAAUUCUUCAGUUUUGUUCAGACUUUCUGUAGCAGUUAUAAACAUCUCCUUAGGGAGGCCUGCCUCCCACUCUUAAGAACUGAGAAUCUCCAUCUGAAUUCCGGGGGAAAGGUAGCAUGAGCUACAGAGUCUCCUCUGCAAUUCCUUUGGGGUUCUUAUGCCAUAGAUGUCCUUGGUAGUUUUUCCUAUGUGCUUUCCUGAAGACUGCAUGCUCAUCUGUUUUCAGAAGGGAGGACAUUGCCUUUUUUUUUGCUUUUUUUUUAACAGUUUUCACAUGCCACCCAAUAACUGUUAUUAUUUGGGCAGUUCACAAUAAAAUGUUAAGCCAUAAAGAUUAAAACGAAACAAAAAUCCAAACCAAAUAAAGCCAAACCAAUGUAAAGUAAGGUUAUUUAAAAACCAGCAGCAAGAUUUUAACACACAUUGGGAAACAAAUCUCUUUUCUGGUGCCCAAACAUCCAUAACGUGUGUGCCAGGUAAAUCUGUCUGAGGAAGGUGUUCCAUAACCAGGGUGCCACCACCAAAAAGGCCCUCUGUGUAGUAUUCACCCAUCACACAUUGUUGGGUAGCAUCCUGCUGAAGAAGGGCCUCUGAAGAUGGUCUAAAGAUCUGGGCACAUAGUCCUGUUGGACAGCACAGUCAGAGAUGCAUGUGUGCAUUGGCCUCCCCCUCCCCCAACCCAGACACAAACACACUUAAUCUGAAGACAGCCCUGUAUCAGGAAGAACUUCCUGACAGUAAGAGCUGUUCGACAGUGGAAUUUGCUGCCAAGGAGUGUGGUGGAGUCUCCUUCUUUGGAGGUCUUUAAGCAGAUGCUUGACAACCAUAUGUCAGGAGUGCUCUGAUGGUGUUUCCUGCUUGGCAGGGGGUUGGACUCGAUGGCCCUUGUGGUUUAUUCCAACUCUAUGAUUCUAAUGUCUGGUGUAUUGUGUAUUAUGUUCUGUUGGAAGCUGUUCAGAGUGACUGAGGCAACCCAGCCAGAUGCGUGGGCUACAAGUGAUAAAUUAUUAUUAUUAUUAUUAUUAUUAUUAUUAUUAUUAUUAUGGCCAUGGGGCAUCACUUGCGCAUUGGUUAAACAUUUCCUGAAUGUAUCAGGGGGCUUCGUAGUCACUCAAUGUAGAUGUACGGCCCCUUCAGACACACAUUUUUAAUACGUGCAUGUGGUUUCAUGGCAGUUCUACACAAUCCCACUUUCAAUACUGCUUGUGCCUUCAAAUGUUUUGGGGUUGAACACAUUAGCUUGUUUCCUAUCAUCGCGUGUCCCGUAACUUCCUGCUGAAAUCCUGCAGCUUGUUAUACCACAAAUAAUCCCACUUGUUUAUUUUUUAGCCCUAGCUGCGCUGUAUAAUGCAAGGGGGCCCCUCCAAACAGCAACCGUGUGGUAACAUUGGAAAAGCAUUGCAGAACAACUAAUAAAACAGAAUAAUAUGUAAUAUAAAUCCACCAUUACUGCACCAUUAUUGGGUCAAUAAUGUGCGGCAGAAUAUACCAGCGAAAAAUACCGGUAUGGAAGAAUUGCUAUUCUUAAAAACAUAAGAAGGGUCUGCUGGAUCAGGCCAGUGGCUCAACUAGUCCAGCAUUCUGUUCUCACAGCGGCCAACCACAUGCCUGUGGGAAAUCAGCAAGCAGGAUUCAGGUACAAGAGCACUCUCUCCUCCAGUAUUUUCCAGCAACUGGUGGAAUGCGGGUGGCGCUGUGAUCUAAACCACUGAGCCUCUUGGGCUUUUGCCAAUCAGAAGGUUGGUGGUUCGAAUCCACACAAUGGGGUGAGCUCCUGUUGCUCUGUCCGAGCUCCUGCCCACCUAGCAGUUUGAAAGCAUACCAGUGCAAGUAGAUAAAUAGGUACCGCUGCAGCGGGAAGGUAAAUGGCGUUUCCGUGCGCUCUGGUUUCCGCCAGAUGACCCGGAAAGCUGUCUGUGGACAAACGCCAGCUCCCUCAGCCUGAAAGCGAGAUGAGCGCCGCAACCCCAUAGUCGCCUUUGACUGGACUUAACCAUCCAGGGGUCCUUUACCUUUUACUUUUUUAUCUUUAUUCAGAAGCAUUGCCAACUCAAAUUGUGGAGGCAGAGCAUAACCGUCAUAGCUAGUAUCCAUUGAUAGUCUUCUCCUCCGUGAGUUUGUCUCAUCUUCUUUUAAAGCCAUUUAAAUUGGGGGCCCUCACUGCUUCCUGUGGGAGCAAGUGCCAUAUUUUAGCUAGGUGCUGCAUAAUCUUCCUUCCUCUCUGCAGGAAGAGCAGCAUUCUCUUAUUUGUUUUAACAAUAUUUAUAUGCCACAUACUCAAGAGAAGGCCUGCAAGCGGGUUACAAAGAAGAAUAAGAGAUGUGAAUAUUUUUUCAAAAAAAAUUUUUUUGAUUAAAAGCAAACGUUUAAAAAAGUUAACAUUAGAAAGAUUAAACAUAAAUAAAAACAGCAUUUAAAGAAAAGUAUACCCAUGAAAAUUGUGUAUUGAUAUUACAUGCUUGGGUAGGCUUGCUGAGACAAAUAAUGUCUUCCUUAACAGGAAAAGGAAAGUACCUUGGUUGGAUGUUACCUGCUAACUCUGUCCCCUCACAAACAAUUACAUCACUUUCCUUUUCUUUUUUUAAAGUAUUAUAAUAUUGAUAGCAUAUGUUUGGAGCGGAAUCAGAAAGCAUUAUCUCAUCUGGGUUUUGCUGGAGCCAAAUGAUCAUUGAUAUUGGCCUAUAAAAACCAGCUGUAGUACUUCCAUGGAAAAUUCUAGUGUUUUUUUUUUUAUUUAAAAAAAUGUUCCAUUGUCUGUGUGGAUAAAAAUGUAUAUAUUGAGUGACUAGGUGGUGUGUUUUUUUAGGCCAGCGUUAUUAUGAUAAAACGACCUGAGCUGUGUCUUAGUUCAUAUGAAACUGUCAGGCAGAGAUUUAGAGGGUUUUUUUAAAAAAAACAAAUAAAUAAUAAUAAAUAAAUAAAUAUGCCUCCCCUCUCCUCAAUGUAUUCUAUUUAUACUUUGGACCCAUUUUCUGGCAUGUUCAAAGAUAAACAUGGCGACGAUAAAAGAUUCCAUCUUAGGUUUUUGGCAGGAGGUGGCUCCCUACAGGAACUUAGAGAGAUUUAAUUGGGGUGACUGAUUAUGGGGCUGUCUGGGAGCUGGGAGGAAUCCACUCGCCAGCUCUUGCGUCUCCUCCUCCUCGAUGCAUCCAGCAGAGAUACCUAGAUAAGAACAGAGGCAGCUUUUGUGAGGAAGAAAGUAGGGGUGGAGGAGAAAUUCAAUUCAGCUCACAUUUGCAGGCAAACUUACCUAGUUUUCACCUUCUUAAAACUAUAUCUGCACACCAAAACUCAGACACCCGUCGAAAUUCUCACUUCUCCAGAUUCUGUAAUGCGGUUCCCAAGCCAAGGAAUGUUUACCAGAAAUACAUAAAAGCCUGUAUAAAAAUGCAUGGAUUAGUGAAAAAUCACCUGAAGAAAUGCAUUCGUUAAGGGGGAAUGGUUCUGCCAAAAUGUUUAUGUUGACCAAAACAUAAAAAGAUGUAUACAGUGGUACCUCGGGUUACAUACGCUUCAGGUUACAGACUCCGCUAACCCAGAAAUAGUACCUCGGGUUUGCUUCAGGAUGAGAACAGAAAUUGUUCUCCGGCGGCGUGGCGGCAGCAGGAGGCCCCAUUAGCUAAAGUGGUGCUUCAGGUUAAGAACAGUUUCAGGUUAAGAACGGACCUCCGGAACGAAUUAAGUACUUAACCUGAGGUACCACUGCAUAUUGGGAGAAACGAACACUAAAACACUGCUGGAUUUUCACAAGGACUUGCUUCUUAAAAAUCCGCAAACUGGUGCAGAAACGUAGCAAAGUCAACUAAGGGGGGGGUGAGAAACUGAGCGAAACCAAAAUUCACCCAUCUCUACAAGAAAACAAUUCUCUAUUUUAGAGCCGUUGCUGGACUCCAGCUCCCAUGAGCCUGAGCCCACACGGCCAAUAGUCAGGGACGGUGGGAGUUUGAGUCUAGCAACAUCUGAGGGGCUGCAACCCCACCCACCCAAAUCCCUCUCCCACAGAGAAAGCGCUGCCCUAACCAGGACUGCUUUGUGUUCUGAGGGGUGUUCCUGACAGGAGCCCAAAUGUUAAGGAGCAACAGCAGGCGGGCGGAAUAAAUGAGUAUUGUACAUGCAGGAAGACAGCCUCUUUUGUUGGCUACCUCCUUCCUCCACGGGUACAGUAUUUCCUUUUGUUGGCAAAUGCAAAGUGAUCUGAGCCAUUCCUUAAUUCAGCUGGAACCAUGGCCGAACUCUACCUUAAAAAGCUUGUUCCUGGCUCCUUUGAUGCCUGCACUGCUCAGGGACAAAAUUCACUCAGCGGCAGCAACAAAGAACUUUUAAAAGAGGGUUGGGAAGGAUUUUGUUUGUAUUAAUGAAGUGUAACGUGAGUCAGGGAGGAUGCAAGUCCUCCCUCAUACCCCACCCCUCUACCCCCGCUGGUGAAAUAUCAGUCCUGCUGUAAACUCAGAUUUUGCCCGGGCUGUUAAAUUAAUGAUUCCCUUUGGUUGUCCACGAGAUCUUAUCAGCAUUCAGUGAGGAGCUGGGCACAGGCUGGCUCUGCAUUCCCAAGUUACUCAAAUAUCCCUGGUUUUGUUGAUGGUAAUGUUAAUCCAUCUGAAAUACAAUUGCAGCACAAGGAUAUAAUUCUAAUUUCAAGUGAUUGUGGUGGUGGCACAGCCCCCGUUUAUAUGAUUUUUGAGAAGUGGGCAGGAGUUGUCUCACCAAAUCAAAGAGAAUGACUAGGGCAUGGGUAGGCAAGCUAAUGCCCGGGGGCUGGAUCCGGCCCAAUUGCCUUCUAAAUCCAGCCCGCGGACAGUCCAGGAAUCAGCAUGUUUUUACAUGAGCAGAAUGUGUCCUUUUAUUUAAAAUGCAUCUCUGGGUUAUUUGUGGGGCAUAGGAAUUCGUUCAUUCUUUCCCCAAAAAUAUAGUCCGGCCCCCCAUAAGGUCUGAGGGACAGUGGACCGGCCCCCUGCUGAAAAAGUUUGCUGUCUCCUGUACUAGGGUAAUGAAUACAGCAGAACUUGAAUUGAGCUCAUCUCCAGGUACUUUGCCUGCUUCCCUCCUUAUUUGUUAGUUUUGGCGCCCACUGCUGGCGGAAAGCAAAACUACUUGCACUUGUUUAAUAAAACUGCCUAAAAGUCACGAUGGUUGAUUUGUGCUACGAUGGGCACGUAGACAUUCUUUAAAUUGAAAACAAUGGGACACGUGUGCACACAUCCCUUUGUUAAAAGCUUGCUGCUGUUGCUCAUACAUGAUACACAGGUAGCUCCAGAGGUUUGAGGGACACCAACAGAACACUCUUAUACCCAUAAGUCACACUGUGUCUAAUUUGGGCUUACUUCCAGGUAAGUGUGCAUAAGAUUGCAGCCUUAAUGACCUGCGCUAACGUGGAUUUUGAUCACUGGGGCUGCUCUUUUCCUCCAUGAAUUCCUUCCUAGAAGAGCAGUCGCUGCAUCCAUGACAGCCCGGCAUCUAAAUGUUUGUACGGGAACUGCAUCUACAGCCCCUAUCAUAAACUCCGAGCAUUGAGAUUAUAAUGCUAAAUGCCUUUGUGGGCCAUUGGGGACUGUCUCUCCCUGGCCAAUACCAUCUUUGUUGGGAUUUUGGUUGGAACCAAGGAAAGGGUCAAAUCUUACCUCCCAGCUCAGCCCCGCCCCCUUCAUCUUCUGUUAACUCUUGUUCUUCAGCUAACGUGUUUGCAUGUGACGCUGUGGUGGCGCUGUGGGUUAAACCACAGAGCCUAGGACUUGCCAAUCAGAAGGUCGGCAGUUCGAAUCCCCACAACGGGGUGAGCUCCUGUUGCUCGGUCCCUGCUCCUGCCAACCUAGCAGUUUGAAAGCACAUCAAAGUGCAAGUAGAUAAAUAGGUACCGCUCCGGCGGGAAGGUAAACGGUGUUUCCGUGCGCUGCUUUGCUUUGCCAGAAGCGGCUUAGUCAUGCUGGCCACAUGACCCGGAAGCUGUGAGUCGGUCACGACUAGACCUAAUGGUCAGGGGUCCCUUUACCUUUACCUUUUACAUUUAGCAUCACGGCCAACUUUUGUCUUCAUAGCACAGUCCUCUGCAUGCUUACUCAGAAGCAAGUCACCCUGUUUUCAUUGGGGCUGAAGGGCCACGUAAAAGAUAAAUACAGCUGCAGCCUUGGUCUCUCUGUUAUUUUAAAACAAAGCAAAACAAGCAAAAACCACCUCAAACAAGGCCUUUCGCCACAAAGUGACUUGUGCCAAUGCACAGAAUUGUUAAGCCUUCCUUGUAUGGUGUUCCUAAAUACAUUUUGAAUCCCUGUGUUACAGGAACAUGGUUGAAAAGCAGCUUGGGCAUCGUAGAACAAGAAGGAAGCGAGAUGACCUGGACAUAUAUUGCCCCACAGCUGGGAUACUGGGUUGCAGCCAUGUCCCCCACAAAUCCAGGUGAAAUGUUUUCUUUUCUUCGUUCCACAAAUAUCUGCACACCACGCUGUGAAUGGGCCUGUGUGUUUCACUAUAGUAUCAGUGCACCCGCCAUUUUAAUUACCCACAAGGCCUUCCCAACGUACUACUGCUCUGGGGCAUUGUGGGAAGUAUAAGUGGUGGGCCUCUUGUCACUGUCUGGCGUGGGUGGCGUCACUCCUGCUGCCUGCAGAAGCACCUACAGGGGACCCCCUCUGAGAAGAGGUGGUUUUAGGAUAGCAUGAUUGGUUCAGCUGCGCUGGGUGCCGGCGCCGCGACAAUAAUGUAGAAUGGGGUGCAAGAGUUGGGGGCACUGAAUUUUAGCAUCACAGAGGGCGCCACUGAAAUUUGAGAGACCAAAGUCUGCCCCUGUUCCAAGGCAGGGAGGGGUGCACAUUAGGACCCAGAACCAGUCUGUCCCUUAAAUGUGCACUCAAAAGGGAAUUGGAAGGCUCUGUAUUGGUUGGUUUGCUUUUCUUCAGCCUUUUCAACUUUUUCUCUUCUAGGUCCCGUUGUAACCCAGGACAUCAGCACUUACCACACAGUGUUUCUUUUGGCUAUUCUAGGAGGGAUGGCUCUGAUACUUCUGGUUUUACUGUGCCUCCUCUUGUACUACUGCAGGUAAAAAAAAACCUCUCUUUUUUUUAACCAAUUAAGAGUUUUCCAGUAAAUUUUCCAUCCUACAUUACAAGCAUCCAUUUAAAAAAACAAAACACAACCUAAUUACAUUGUCCAUCUCAUACUUCGUCUUCGUAUACUGAGCAUUUUACGGUCCAUAGCAGUAAGUCACAAUAUCGGGACCACAGAUGUUUGGGCAGGAGGUCAUGUCAAAAUGAUUUGGGGGCCUCUGGAAGUUUCACAGUUCAACUUAGUCAUGUAACCAUGGUAAGAGGAUAUGAAGUCCCUAUGAAAGUGUAUUGAUUUUGCUGUCCUUCUAACUCGACUCACUUCUUUAGCUUUUCUACUAAGGCUAACUCUCAUACCUUUGAACCACCAUCCUUGCAGCAUGAAUGGGGAUUUCUGGCCCAAAUGUUUUGCUGCCAAUAGGGAGGAAAUUAAGUAUAAUCUCCACUGUGUUUCCUCAGUUUGUGUACAGAGAUCAUCCCAUUUUGCUUUAAUAUACUAGGGGGAAAAGAAACAUUCCAUCCUAAUGAGUGAUCCUUUAAAUUUUCUCUCUCUUGGCACAGAAGCUCACAAAAAAAAGAAAAAAACCAUUAGAUCCCUAGGAGCACCUUGAGUGAGAUAAAAACAAAAACUAAAUGAUUGGGUCUGAACCAUCUGAAACUAAUUCAGACCGAUGUCCCCUAGUUGAGCCAGUAACUGAUCGGUUUGAAUAGAUUAUGCAUUUUGUACAACCCUACAGUUGCCCAUUUCUUAAAUUGCUUAAAUUUUCUUUCCUCUGUGGUAUAAAAAGGGGCACAAUGGGGAACUAGGAGUCACGGCCAUUUUCCCCAAGUUACAAAAGGCUGGCUUUACAAAAGGGGGUUAUCAAUUUCAUUUAAACCAUAUGCAGUUAUCUUUAGAAAGGGAAGCACUUUUGUAAUAGCAAAAUUACACCUUUGAAUUUCAGUUCCCUGUUAUGAACUCUGUUCAGGCAUUCUGAAUACUACUACUGCUACUAAUAAUUUUAUUAUUUAUAUCCCACCCAUCUGAUUGCAUUUCCCCCGGCCACUCUGGGCGGCUUACAACACAUAAAAAAUUGUAACACAUCAGACAUUUAAAACAUCCCGAUAUAGGGCUGACUUCAGAUGUCUUCUAAAAGUCAGGUGUUUAUUUCCUUGACAUCUGAUGGGAGAGAGUUCCACAGGGCGGGCGCCACUACCGAGAAGUCCCUCUGCCUGGUUCCCUGUAACUUCACUUCUCGCAGUGAGGGAACCGCAUGUCAAAAUGAGGGCCUCCUUUUCAAAGGGAAGAACAGCAAUGGAAGAAAAAGGAUUUCGUUUGAAGGAAGAUUUGAUUGCCAUUAUGUAUUAUUUAUUUCCCAGCUCUCCUGAGGACUUUUCAGUGUGGCUUAAAAAAGUGCAACAAUACCAAAAACCAACAACUACACACCAUUAAAUACAAAAAGCAGCAGCAAUAAAUUAUAUGUAAAAGCAGCAUUUAAAAGCCAUACUUAUAAAAACAACUUAGGCCAACACAUGGAAAUGGCAGAGCAUGGACGGGCAUGCUAACUCUGUCUCCAUCGUCUUUGCCGUCACCCUCAGCAUGUUACCUGGUGACACUUUGGGCUGUGACGAAACCUCCUUUACUUGUGAAGACUUCCCGCAUUUUGAAACCUUCACCUCACACAAUAUUCUAGCCAGGAGAAACUCCCAAGACAGACUGCUGUCCCUCUGAGAGUAGAGGAUGGAUAGCUUCCACAUCCAGAAGGACAGUUUUGGAUGCAACCCAGUGAACCUAAACAAGCUCACUGGAGGGUCACAUGCUAAAAAUAAUCAUCUUUUUUUUUCUUUUAACAUGUGAAAUUAAUGAAAAUAUAAGUAGUUGAUUUAUUCCAAGGGAACUUUUAGAAGAUAAAAAGCAGCACAGACAUUUAGGAAUUCUAUUAUCAUCAUCAUGAUCAUCAACAUUAUGUCUCUUUUCACAAAAGUGACUCAGCAACUUAAAUGGGGGGCGGGAAUUAAAACCAAGUAAAAGAAUUGAGAAUAAAAUAAAAAUGUUCAUAUAUAUACAGCCGUACCUCAGAAGUUGAACGGGAUCCAUUCCAGAAGUCUGUUCAACUUCCAAAAUGUUCAAAAACCAAAGUGCGGCUUCUGAUUGGCUGCAAGAAGCUCCUGCAGCCAAUCAGAAGCCACAGAAGCCCCGUCGGGCGUUCGGCUUCCAAAAAUAGUUUGCAAACCAGAACAGACACUUCCAGUUUUCCAUCAUUCAGGAGCCAAAACAUUCAGGAACUAAGCUGUUUGACUUCCAAGGCACAACUGUAUAUAGAAAUAAAAUGUACAGGCAAAUCCAGCCUCACCUGCCCUACUAAAAAGAUGAGCACAAAAAUAGGCCACAAAUACAGUGGUGCCUCGCAAGACGAAAUUAAUCCGUUCCGCGAGUCUCUUCGUCUUGCGGUUUUUUCGUCUUGCGAAGCACGGCUAUUAGCGGCUAUUAGCGGCUUAGCGGCUACUAACGACAAAGCGAAUACUAACGGCUAAGCGACUUCAAGAAAGACGUAACGAACUUGCGAAGCAAGCCCAUAGGGAAAUUUGUCUUGCGGAACGACUCAAAAAACGGAAAACUCUUUCGUCUAGCGAGUUUUUCGUCUUGCGAGGCAUUCGUCUUGCGGGGCACCACUGUAUACAAAUUAAGGGCCAAAAGCCUAGGUAAAUAAAAAUGUUUCUGCCUGGCAACCCAAACCAGAUAUAGAUGGUGAUGGGCAUGCUUCUCUAGGGAGAACAUUCCACAAACAGGGGGCCACCACUAAGAAAACCUGUUCUCUGUAGAGCUGUCAGGUUGGAACCCUGAAUAGGAGCAUUCACUUAACAAAAGACAAUAUAUUGUUGCAGGUGCUAACUAUUUUUGUUCUCUUUUUACGAUAGGCGAAAGUGUCUGAAGCCACGUCAUAAGAAACUGCAGCUGUCCUCAACGCUUAGUGGCGCUAAGAAAGAUCAGUCGACCUCAAUGUCCCACCUCAACUUGAUAUUUUCGCGCCGCGAGUCAGAAUUUCCUGGCGGGUUGUCUGUUGCCAGCAAUGGACACACAGAAUCCUCCGGCCACAAGGAGCUAAUGGGGGCUGUGCGCAUGGAGAAAGUGUGUUCGGGGGGAGAAGCAGAUAUGCGCACUCCCAUGCUCAAGCACACGUACAGCACCUCACAAGAGUUUAGUUCCCGAGAAGAGUUGCUUUCCCAUAAGGAGAAGGAUCAGAGCCGUAUGUCUCUGGAGAACAUGGCCUCUAGUGAUACUCUGCGAAAAGACUACCUUAAAUCAGUGGAUAGCUUUCCUAUAAACCCCAGGAAAUCUAUGGAGGCAUCAGAAGGAUAUGACUCCCCUGACAAGGAAGAUCACAGGAGGAGUUACAGUGCAAUGUUGGCUCGGCCUUUAUUUGAGAAGCCAGAGCAGGCCUCCAUGAACCAUAUUUCCACAGGAAGUAAAUACAAUCUUCAGGAGCAACUGUACCCCAUCCCUUCAGCACCCGAAACAGAACUGUUAGACUGCAGGCCCAGUGAAUGUAUGAUGUCUCGCUCUGUUGACCACCUCGAGAGACCCACUUCCUUCCCUCGGCCAGGGCAGCUGGUCUGCUGUAAUUCUGUUGAUCAGGUUAAUGACAGUGUUUACAGAAAAGUAUUGCCUACGCUGGUUAUUCCAGGCCAUUAUAUGAAACUUCCCGGAGAACAUCCGUACAUUAGCCAGCCUCUGGUUGUUCCCACCGACCAGCAGAUCGACAUAGAAAGGCUCCAGGCGGAACUAUCGAGUCCUCAUUCGCAGCUCUUCCCACACUCGCAGCAACAGAUGCCGCCCCAGCAGCUGGCCGCCCAAGCAAUAUCUCAGCAGCAUUUGCAAGAAGCUGGAGCAAGCGAAUGGAGCACCCAGAAUGUCUCCAUGUCUGAAUCCGUAUCCAUUCCGGCAUCGCUCAACGACGCCUCUUUGGCGCAGAUGAAUAGCGAAGUGCAGCUUCUUACGGAGAAAGCUCUCAUGGAGUUAGGAGGAGGCAAGCCUUUACCUCAUCCUCGGGCAUGGUUUGUUUCUCUCGACGGGCGCUCCAACGCCCACGUUAGACAUUCGUACAUCGAUCUUCAAAGAGCUGGGAGGAACGGAAGCAACGACGCCAGCUUGGAUUCUGGGGUGGACAUGAACGAGCCCAAAUCCGCCCGGAGGGGAAGGGGAGAUCAUUUGUCCCUGCACCAAACCCACCUGCAAGUUCAGGUACAUCCGCAAAAGGAGCAGAAAGCUCCGGACAGCACAGCUUACACGCAGCUUGUGUAUUUGGAUGAUAUGGACCAAAGUGGCAGCGAAUGCGGUACAGCCGUUUGCAGUCCGGAAGACAGUACUCUAAGGUGCCUCUUGGAGGCGGGGAGCAGAAGGACGGGCAGCCAGCUGCCCAGCCUGCAGGAGGAGACCCUAAAACGAACAGUGGAAAGUUCACCAGAGCCCUUAACGAGCCCAGAGCACGGAAUGACUGUCCAUAACGAAGCUGAAGAUGAUGAAGACGACGAGGAUGACGACGACGACGAUCAAGGAGAAGAUAAGAAGAGUCCUUGGCAAAAGCGAGAGGAGAGGCCACUGAUGGCGUUCAACCUAAAGUGA